CAUCCAAUGCACCUGAGACAGCUGGAGCAAGCGAGAGAGCCAUAGAGGGGAUGUAGCAUUCUCCCCAUUAGGAGCCCCCCAUUCUACUGCAUGCAGUGCUGAAGGACAGCUCCUGGCCUGCACCCCAUUACACAUCAAGCAGCAGGCUCCCUGUGUGGUGGGAGAUAGAGGGGAUUAUCCAUUCAAUCUGUAUGCCCUUGUGUUCCCAGCACUGCCUCCUGUUUGUAUAAAGCUGCUGGACCUGCCUCUCCUCUCACCCCCCAGCCUUGCUUGAAUUAAACCCCCUUCCCUCCUGAUGGAUCUUCUGUAAGUGGCCAAGAUACUAGAAAUUUAAGGGAAAAUAAUGAAAAAGAGCUUUUUGGUCCCGGAAAUCAAACCAUUGGAUAUUUAUGAUGUGCAGCAGGCCAGGAUCUCUGCCACACUCAGCUGGCUGAUCUAUAAAUGCUAUGGAACAGGUAAGGGAAAUAACAUUCUAAUUGCUAUCCAGACUUGUCGUGUUCACUGUGGGUUGUUUGAAUAUCUUGUUAAUAAAAAAAAUAAAAAAAAAUUCUGGGGAUUAAUAAUAAGUAAUUUAUAAGUAUAUGUACAGUGUGUAAUAUCCUAUAAUAGCUUUUAAAGCUGGUUUCCAAGGAAAGUCUGAUUAAUUGAAUAACCCACAGUAUAAAUUUAAAUCCUAUUACCAAUCAGAAAAACAGGACUUAUUGUAUAGCCCUCAAUGUCUAAUGUAUUGGUUGUGUCCGAAUUUAAUAUUUGAACGUCUUCUAGACCAAAUCUGAACAAUACCAUUCUAUAUUGGUAAUACACCUGUAAUUCUAAAUUCUAUAGGGUGAGGUCAGAAUGUCCUAUAGGUGCUUUGCCCAUAGGUAUUUGACCCCUUUAAGUAACCCGUUCAAACAUUUAAUCCCAUUUAUGGCAUCACGGUUUACCCAACCAUCACACGUGUUUUAAUCACAGAAACAAAGCUUGAUUUAAUUAUAGUCUUAAAUCUACCUUUUUUUUUUUUUUUAAACUAUUUCUUUAUUAAGAGAGGCAUGUUUGCUAUUUCACAUCAUUUUAAAAAUAAAAGGGGGGAUAUAUAUAUAUAUAUAUAUAUAUAUAUAUAUAUAUAUAAAUUUUUUUUAAUUUUCACAUUUCUAUUUAGACUCUGUAUUUCCCUGUGUUAAUCUUUAGCACUCACUGCUCCUCAUUUAUAUAUAGGCUGCUAUCAGUGAAACCAUCCUGUUAGUUUUUCUACCUCUAGAGGCCGAUGGGACUUCAAUGAUAUACUUGAUGUUUGUUUGUUUUUCAAUGUGUCAAUGAAAUGAUUUUGUUAAAUAUGUAGGUAGGUCACUUUAUAUGUUACAAACAUUCUAUGUAAACAUUUAACAAUUCAAUUUUAGGAAACACCAGUGUGAAUACUUUAAUUUAUUUCUUUAAAUGGGGUUUUCCUGUUAAAAUCCCAUUGUUACAUUAAGGGAAUCUGUUAAAUCAUGUUAAAUAUAAUUUUUUUUUUAUGUUUGUGUGGUAAUAUUUUAUUACCACAACAGUGCUCCACCUGCUCUCAUCUCACACCCUAUUCCUGUGUCUUCCUUUAAGUGGGGGUGGAGACCAUGGUGUAUGUUAUAAGGGAUUUAUUGGGGCCUCUCCCACCUUACAAACACCUCCAGGGUUGUUUGCAGAUGCCAUAGUUAAAAUGUAUCUUUUUAAUUUUUUUUCAUCCACCCAUUUUUCUAUACCUUGUUCUUUGUACAGCUUGUAGUGGGGCUUUCUAUUGUUCUCCUGUUUAUAGGGUGUGUCAGAGAAAGGGGGCUCCUAACUGUGGUACCCUGGCAAUAAGAAUGGCAGUCUCUCUCAUUAUGUGUAGUAGUCACAUUCUAUUUAACCCAAGGCCGGGCAAUGGUGCUCCUGUCUCCUGGCUGGCCUUAAUGAGAUUUGUAGUCAACAAAAUGGCGGGGAGAAUGCUGUGGGCCAGCCCUGUGUUUUAAAUUAUCUGUGUGUCAAUUACAUCAUAUAGCUUUGUGAGCAGCUCAUGCGUAGAGGUGUGUGUAUACAUCAUCUCUCUCUGGAGAGGCAUACUAGUAUGUGUAUAUAUGUUAGACACAAACACACCUAGAACUAACCUGACUCAUUGUUCCCUCUGUCAGAAUGAGUGACCUGAGUCACGGUGCAACUGCCCAGAGGGAUUAGAAUAUCAUUGUGACUGUGGAGAUCAAUAUUCAGCAGGGUUUUAGCAUUCCUGGUCACUGCCGCAUAUUCCACCUGCUGAAAUUCUUGCUAGUCAGGCCAGCAAUAUGGCUUGUGUAGGCACUCACUAUAAUUCUACAUUAGCGUGCAUCUGUGUCAUGGUUAGGUGGCCGUCUGUUGGUGUACAAACAUUCACAUCACAGUGGCUGAGAAUUGUGAGAGAUUUGUUCCAGUAGAUAAAGGUCCCAGACUAGCUGUAUUAUUGUAUUCCUGAAAAGGGUAUGCUGUGCAUUAUCUGUAUAGGGAUAUCUUGAGCUGGCAUGCUGGUGUAGUCUGUUACUGACAUUGUUACUCUGGUAUUGCUGUAUAGAGACAUUCUGCACAUUGGUGGUGCAUGCAGGGUUUUUUUUUUUGUGUGUCCGUAAAAAGGGACUUGAUCUGACUCUCAGUUGAUAUUUGAUGCUGGCAGAGUCUCCCUAUCCUUGGCUGGGAUUGUAGAGUGAUCCUGUGCCUCUCCUUGUCUUUGUUCUCUAUCCAUGAAUUAAACAUUGUAGAGAUGCUACACACUGAGUGAGGUGAACCCUCUGUGGGCCGGGAAGCAGGGAUGCCCAUUUUGUCGUUCUGCAUGCAUUACUUGUCUCUGUCCCUCCAUCCCUCCAUCAUUGAUUUAUAGGUUCAUGGCAGUGGACUGCUGUGUCUGCAGGGAGCAGUUUGUGUUUUCGUGUCUGGUUUGUCAGAUAUGAGGUGGAUUUUACUGAUGACUGUAUGUUAUGAAGAAGUAAGCAUGCCUUCAACUGAUGUCUUGGUGAUUUGCAUUAGUUAAAUUUUAUAUUUGGGAAUUUGUCGAACUAGGAACGAUAUUGAGCCUAAUGAUUACCCGUGUCUUUAUUUGGGUUUAGUUGAAACCAUAGUCUUUAGUUGACUGACAGGGCCUCUGUGUUUUUGUACUUGGCCUAAAUGACUGACAGGGGAUUCAGUGUCUUUAACUCUAUUUUGUUAAAGAAUAGCUGGGUGAUUAGAUGGUGUCUCUAUAUCUUGAUAAACAGUUCAGGUAACUAACAGGAAGCACUCUCCACAUCUUCAUUAGGGAUACAAGUGACUGGUAUGGAGCUCCGUGCCUGGGUACUUGGACCGGGUGACUGGCUUAAUGCCCCAUGCCUGGGUACUUGGACCGGGUGACUGGCUUAGUUCCACAUGCCUGGGUACUUGGAGUGGGUGACUGGCUUAAUGCCCCAUCCCUGGGUACUUGGACCGGGUGACUGUCAGGUUUCCCUGUGAAAGGGUUUUAGCUAAAAUGGAAAAUAGUCUUCAACUGCUGCUUUGUUCUCAAUUUGCGGCUCAUAUAGUGCUUAAAAGAGGAACUUCUAUGGUCAUAUACUGUACCUUUCUGGCUAUUUUGCAUUCUAGUAAUGGAAAGUUUUCCUGUUCUGUGAAUAUUGAAAAAUGUCACUAUUCAGUAGAAAUGUUUACCUCCUCUCUUAUGUAAAUUUCAAAGUGAGCUUGAAGUUCAGAUGAAUUGGGUGAAUUGCUGAAAGCAGGGGUUUCCAAACUUGUUUUUCUGUAGCUACAAAUGUUCUUAAUCAUUGGUUUUGCUACAUGUAUAAUAAAAACAAAAACAAAACAAAACACAUGGAUGUAAGUGGUUUUCUUUAUUGAAUGUACAAAGGUUGUGUGGGUAGGAUCAUACUGCCAAUAGUGCUGUAGGAAUCUGUGUCUAUUUGUGUGACUUGGAAGUCUAAAAUCAAACAACAUCUUUAUGAUCUUGAGGCUAGUAUAAUAUACAGAACUAAUCUAUUUUGCAAAUCUUUCUAUGGAUUACAUGACAUUCUUUAAUUGAUUGGUGGAUACCAUGGGACAUUGGAGAUACAGAUAUAAAGCACUCAUGGUUUGAAUAUGAAGGUGGAAUACAGGGGUUCUGUGACUGGUGAUGUUGUAAUACAGUGUCACAGCCUGUAACUUACUAGGCACAUUCAGUACACAGAAAGUACUUUGCACAAAUCUUAUUGUUUGAAAAGGUACUUCAAUGAAUGGCACUCAUCAAGGUAUACAAUUCUGAGAUUUUUUUUGAUGUUUGUGCCAGUUUGUAUUCUCUCUUGAUUGAACUCCACAGUCCAUUUAAAGUAGGGGGUGCUCAAAAGGUAGAUUAGGCUGGCAAAAGCAUUGUUCUAGUUCCAUAACACAUGUUGGGCGACCUCUCCUAUGCUGGAGAGCUUCAUAUUUUAUGACGGCCCUAAUUUAGAGAAUCUGUGGCUCAUUCACGUUUGACAUCUGUGUAUUGCUGCAUGGUAUAUGCCGCUACUUGUCCUGCGGAAUGGUUUAAAGAAAAAGGCAGUAUGUGGAUAGCAGAAUGUGUGGAUCAAGGGGAAAUAAAUGAAGGGUUCAAUAUUGGCCUUUUUUUGCGAUUGCCUUGUGCAAAUUGACUGUCUUUGUAAACCAUUUUUUUUAAGGAUGUGUAAUAUAGUUUUGCAAACAAUUGUGUUAAAAUGCAUCUAAUAGUUUUUUAGUCUCUAAAUUAUGGUGUAAGAGCUGGAGUUUAUUAAGUCCUAUGGCAGAUGUUUAGGGAAUGAAAGGAGGUUUUUUUUGGGCUGGUGACUGUAUUGUGGUUGACUUUAAUGCCUGGCUAUUUAGACCUAUAUUUUUUUAGUAAAUAUGUAAAAACUGUCAGGAUUACUAGUUGAUCCAGCACGUAGCAUUUUGUCGCACAGAUGACCAAUAGGUAAUGUAUUACCGGGCCUUAAAAUGGCCAGACUUCAUGUACCAAAGAAUAGUCAGGAUACUUGCCGAGGUCAGGGGACACAGAAAGAGACACAACGAUAAGAGAAAGCCAGAAGUCAGGGAUAUAGAAUACAGGGAAGUCAAAAUCCAGAAGAAACCUGAAUCAGGAACACGCUCUCGGACAACCACAAGGGAAACCACGACAGGGCACUGAGCAGGAUGAGAACUGGGCCUAAAUACCACUCUUCUAGAUCUGAUAGGCUGUAAUCGGCCUUUGACCCCAAAGGCAGUUACCAGGUUUCUAUUUGCAUAAUUGCUGCUCAGUAUUAACCCUUAUGUGGAUUUGGUUGCUGCUCGGCACAACUUUUCCUGUGUGCCAUUAACCACAUUUUUAUAAGCGGAUGAAUACGUGACAAAAACACCAUGAAACAGGUUUAGUAUUCUCAUCAGAAUGCAGUUGUUACUGUGUGAGGAGGUCCCUGCUUAUCUUUUAGGGGUAAACUGUUCACAAAUAGUUUAACCCCAAAUUAUUUUAUCCAGCACUGUUUAGCUCUGGCCCUGUACUUAUCUAAGAAUAUUCAAACUAGACGCCUUGAACUGCCACGGAUACGGUCGCCGCUGAUUGGCCAAGAGUGUUAGCUACCCAUUCACAAAACUGCUUGAGAAACGGAAGUAUUUUUCUGAAAUCAGCAGAGAGCUUAUCUGUGGCAGUCCUAAGCUUCCUAUUGAAGCAUGUCAGAGAAGUGGUAGGGCAGGGAUAAACGGCGAUGACUGAUUUAACUUCUAAAGGUGUGCCAGGGACCUCCUCACACCAUAAGAACUUAAUGUUGGCUCGUCUGGGCAGGGUCUUCAUCUACGUAUUGUUCCUGUAUCAUUUUGUAAUUGUCUCAUUUAUUGUUAAAUUUCCCCCUUAUUGUAAAGCGCUGGGGAAUAAGUUGGCGCUAUAUAAAUACCAAUAAUAAUAAUUCAGGAGUAUUACCGUUUAGAUGACCAGGCAAGCCUUGCCAGGGUUAAUGAAUGGUAGAUUAAUUACCAUGUUUCCCUCAUCGCACGGGUCUUGUUGGUAACGCUCUGCCUAUUUGAUUAAUUUAAUCAAGAUCUGUGAUCUUGGCCUGAGUGCCAUUUAAGUGUAUUUGAUAGGGUUUGGCUCUAUAUCCAUACUGUAGUUUACUCUACAUUGAAAUAACCUUAGUUUAGAUACAGUGAGAUGUAGUUUUCUAUAGUGUAAGUAACCUUCCCCCUUAGCCACAUCUCUUCUAUUGCUCCGUCCCACAGUAAAUCUUUGUUCGUCUCAACACGGAUUUGAAAUGAUAAACAUUUAAUAAAGGCACAGUGUUUUAACUGUGGGGCGGAGCCAAGCCACCAGCUAAUUUCUCAUUCUGAUCUCUCUCAUUAGCUGAACUACACUAUGUACUUGCGGGUCAGGAAGACAUUUUUGUAAUAUGUGGAGGCAUAGCUUAAGAGGUGGGCUUAUGCUGCAGAAAGAAACAUGUUUCUCUCACCUUAAUGAAGUGGAUUUGGUGCAGUGCUCCUCUUCCUAAACACUGACAAGUGGAAGCAUUGCUGUUUGUGAGAUACAACAAUGUUUACAUUUAUCACUAAAAACACCUAUAAUGGCUGUCAAUUAGACAGUUGCUAGAGGUGUUUCCUUGUGAAGGCUUUCAAUAAUUGAAAGACUUCACAUUGGUGUCACACUGCUUCAGAAUGUGACAGAUGCUAAAUAAGGAACAUCUAUAACAGACUUCCUCAAACUCUGGCCCUCCAGGUGUUGCUGAACUACAACUCCCAUGAUUCUAUGAAUGAAAGAGGCUGAGAAUCAUGGGAGUUGUAGUUCAGCAACACCUGGAGGGCCGGAGUUUGGGGAAGACUGGUCUAUAACAUUAAAUAAACUUUAAAAUACAGGUUAUCAUAUAUUUUUUUUUUAUUCUAACGAUAGGGCAGAAGUCAUCCUGUGUCAGUGGCUGACCCACCUAUCCUUGUAUAAGAAUGCUCUUCUAUAACCUUCAUAGUACAGUACCUAUGUUGGUUUACCAGCAUGUUGGGAGUUGUAGACAAACAGCUGGAAAGCUAUGGCUUGCAUUUGACAUUGCGUGGCUGCACACAGUGCGCUGCCUCCCUUAGCAUACGGAAGCAAACCAAACAUCCAGGAAUUUGCAUGGACUUUGACUAAAGCUCAAAGUGUUUGCUGAGCUGCUUAUACUAUCCCAGUCAUGCAGUGUGAGCAAGUAAUAGACAGGAAAUUACAGCAAAAUGGAAACCAUAUCUGAUAUGGAGCCAGUUCUGUUAAGAUACACUAUGCCCAUUCUCUGAAGUGGGUAGAUCUUUUGGGCAAUGUAUGGAAUAAACCUGAAAAAUAUAUUUCUGUUAAAAUACCAUGUUCACAAUGAAAUUGUACUGUGACUGAUGACAGAAAACUAAUAAAAGACUUUGAAAUGGGGUAUAACUUUGCUUUCAUUGAUGUUGGUCUGCAAUGUCAGUGUAAUGUUCAGUGUGUAACUGAAGCUUCAGGAGAUUAGAUUACAAUGCUGUGAGCAUGUGUAUAAAAUUUGGGUAUGUGCCCGUGAAAUUUAGUGUGGUAUAUGCUUUACAACGGACCUCUUUAGGUCUUUCUAUUUAUUUGUUUUUUUUAAAUUUCUUUAGUUCGAGAUCUUGAUUUAUCUCUAAUUCAUUGCAUUAAAGGACCACUAUAGUGCCAGGAAAACAUACUCGUUUUCCUGGCACUAUAGUGCCCUGAGGGUGCCCCCACCCUCAGGGUCCCACUCCCGCCGGGCUGGAUGGAGAGGAAAGGGGUUAAACUUACCUUUUUUCCAGCGCCAGGCGGGGAACUCUCCUUCUCCUCCUCCGCCUUCGAUCCUCCUCUUCGGCUGAAUGCGCAUGUGCGGCUGGAGCUGUGCGCGCCUUCAGCCGGUCUCAUAGGUAAGCAUUCAUAAUGCUUUCCUAUGGACGCUUGCGUGUUCUCACUGUGAUUUUCACAGUGAGAAGCACGCAAACGCCUCUAGCGGCUGUCAAUGAGACAGGCACUAGAGGAUUUAGAGGCUAGAUUAACCCAUUUAUAAUAGCAGUUUCUUUGACACUGCUAUGUUUAUAUUAAAAAAAAAAAAAAAAGGGGGGGGGGGGUUAAUCCUAGAGGGACCUGGCACCCAGACCACUUCAUUAAGCUGAAGUGGUCUGGGUGCCUAGAGUGGUCCUUUUAAUUUAGGGGUAAACACAUUUUUACCCUGAACCUGAGAACUUUAGCUAGAGUGAACGCCAACAUAUUUUCAAGGUUAUUCACGGUGUGUAUUUUAGAUUUGGGACCAAAAUGGUGCACUGAAAACAUUGCUGAACUAUAUAUCUUUUCCAGCUUGGAUAUUGGUUUGUCCUUAAAGUCUGAAGUUGGAGUCCUAGCAUAUUUGGCAUGCACACAGCAAUGACUUGGGGAGAAGAGAACAUGAGAGAUACUCAGGGCAUAACAUUUCAAGUCCUAUGCUACUAGCCAGACCUUAAAAGUUACUUGCCGCUGCAAGCCUAAAGGGUCCAUGGCACAUUCACCAGGGGUGAAUUUUAUUUUAUUUGCCAUGACUACGUUUUCACUCAUAAUUUCUAAUGUUGAGUGGAAAUUUUAAACCCUAUCAUGAAGCUUUCCCUCAUGGGUGCUAUCAGCUUUUGGCCCUUCAUCCUCCAGCAGUCCUAGUCACACCCUUACAGGAGGUCCUGCAGCACCACCAGUAGAGACUGCUGAUGGAAAAUUAUAGUAGUUAAAAGCAGAAGUUUGUCAACCUUUAUGCCCAUAAUUUAAAAAUUUCAAUGAAAGGCAAGUGCAGUAACUGAGUACAUACAUUAUAAAGUUAAUUUUACGAAAUACUCCAAAGGGACAGAGCUGCUUUACUAACACUGUUUUGUGUUUGAGCAUAUACUGGUGAAUAUAGCCUAUUUUCAUAAAAUUCUCAAUGAUCCAUGCUUUUGAGAGGAUUUGUAAGCCUCCUGACUUGCACUCGCUCCAUGGGGUUUUCCAUUUUAAUUCCACUUUGGUCCGAAGCAAAGCUUGUCUGGUCAAAAAAAUGCAUUUUUAUGAAUCCUGACACCCUGCUAAAGCAGUAUGGGCACUUGGUCGGUUUGAAAUUCAGAUUUUUUUUUUUAUAGUAUUAGUGGAAAUAAGGAGCUUCUGACUGAAGAGGGUUCACUACCUCCGGAGGUUGCGCGAGGCUUCCUCAGAUCCAUCAGUGUGGGACUGGUUUUGCUAGGUUCCAGCAACAUCUGGCUUGAGCCCAAAGGAACAUUUGAUGACCCCAACUAUAACAGAGAGAUGAUGUGUCGUGACAUGUCCCUCCCUCCUGUCUACCUAUGAUUGUCAUGCGUUCUCUAAGAAAGCGUAGGUGAAAACAAGCACUUUCUACACAGCCAUCUAUUUCAGUGCAAUCUUCCCACACUACUGAACUAAGAGGAGUGUGCAGCAAAGUUCUUUUCCCCAGCCCCAUCUACUGACUGUCGUCUUGUGAGUAUUGCCCUCUCCCCUUAUGCAGUAUAUUGUACUACUUAUCUAAUCUUAUUUGUAAGCCUGCUAUGGGAAGCAACUGUCUAAUUUAAAACUUAAAAAAAUAAACCAAAAAACAAAACCACUCCUAUCUGCCUGCCUUCUCCACUAGCUGUAGAAAUCCAUGGCUAAAGAGCCCCAUAUCUGGUUUCCAGACCCUAAAGCCACCCCUUAUAAAUGGCUUUGAUUGCAUGCAUAGUUCAGAUCUCACUGUGCCACAUUUAUACCAAAGAAUGUGAUCAAACUAUAUUUUUCCUAUCAACUUAUCGCUGCACGUCCCUAAUUCCCUGCAGUCGCAUUCUCAUCUUUGCUUUACUGUGGCUCCAAAAUCCUGUUAAGAAAGGUCAUCCUAAUCAGAGAGACCAGUGGUUUAUGUCAACAUUUGCCAGCAAAAUUAUCUGGUUAAUGUCCAAACUGGAAUAUACAUGAUUGUUUCAUUCAUCUUUGGUGUUUACAUAUACCUUUUCCUCAUAACAUUGAAUUGGAUAUGUGAUUUGUGUGUGUGUGUGUGUGUGUAUAUAUAUAUAUAUAUAUAUCUAUAUAUAUAUAUAUAUAUAUAUAUAUCUAUAUAUAUAUAUAUAUAUCUCUCCCAUGACUCCUACAAGUGCUUCCUCACCACUCAACUUGCUCCUUGCAAUGCAAUGUGAUCUAACAGCUGCCAUUACCACGCACUGGAUUGUAAUGUUUAUAAUUUGAAGGGAUCCUUGCUACCUUUGGUCUCGCUAUAAUUUCUUUUAGAUUAUAAACUCAGAGGACUAGACUCAGUUUUUAGGCUUAGAGAGAGAGUUUUCUUGUUUUCUUUUUGUAACUUUAUUUAAUUGUGUUUUGUUCUUUGUGAUUCCUACUUGUCGUUCAUUUGUCCAUUGUAAACAGCUGUAGAUAAUAUGUGAACCUAAAUAUUUAUAUAAUCAUCCGAACGAUUGUGUACACAUACAAUGCUGAUCAGGCGGGUAUGUGCUCACAGGACAGACCUGUUGGCUAAAUGCUAGCUUUCUAUUCUUUACCUUGGCUCCCUCCCUCUCUGUAAUUAAAACAAUGGCCUCCUUUGCAAUAAAAUGUAACCUUCCAGAACAUCUUGCUUUUCAAGCCAGAAUAUCCUGCUCUCCUGGGUAUAGGGGCUGAUUAACUUAAAAUGCAGUUCCUGAAACUGGUGGUCUGAAGAAUCCAGUUACUGAUAUUCCUUGGUUUGCAGAUAUCUGUAAGAAGAGGUUUAUUGCAUCUCCCAUGUGCUUACAGUUUGGAAGGACAGCUCAACUCAUGACGCUAGCUUCACACUAGGGCACUACAGAGAAUAGUCAAACAAGCUGUAAAGUGGAGUGCCUAAUGGGCAUUAACCCUUAUGAAUAAGAUAAACUGAACAGUAGUGAAAACAUACUGCACAUUGCCGUGGCUUAACGUUUAAAUUAAAAAACGUAGGACUCCAUAGCUUUGAAUUUGCAAGUAAUUUGGCUACUGCAAUGUAUAGAUCAGAUUAUCCCAACGUAUGAAAACUGUGUGGUUUUACAUGAUAUACUCUCCCUUUUAGGAGUUUAGGAGUUAGAAAUGAAAACAAAAGGAAAUUGUUUGGACUAAGCAUACAGUUGGAUUCACUUCUUGAGGGAAAUUUAAGUGAUGUGUUUUUCAUCUUUGAGUUGCACAUUGAAAUAGUAAUGCCGAAUGAGUGAUGUAAAUGGGUAUAAAUCUGUGUGGACACCGAACAUACAUUUAUCACAGCUGAUCACCUUGGAAGUUUGUGCUGAUUCCAUAAGCACGUAUCCCCAGUCAAUCAAGAAUCGUUGUUGGUUAGGGAUAUCUGUUAUUGAAGCUGCUGUGAAAUAGCCUACAAUUUGCAAUACAUUGACCCAGUCCCUUUAUCAAGUCCAUAUUAAAAAUAAAAAAAUACAAAUUUAAUUUUUUUUAAAUUCCCAAUGCUGUUAAAAAAAAAUUAAAUGUUUUUACCUUGUGUUUUUGUUGUGGAACCCGUAGUUAUAUAAGUGUCACAUAAGGUGAAAUGUAAAUUGUUUUAGUUUAAUACAAUGCAGGUAUCAGUGAUUCAUUGUUAUUGGCUAUGCAAUGCAAGUUUCAGUGACACAUGGUGUCAGUAUUGGGGGUUUUCUUGAGCCAAUAUGUCUUAACAUACAAGUUUAGCUCCAUGCUGACGGUUUGAAUGACAAGGGAGAGCAGAAAAGACCUCCCUCAGGCGGUCCUUCAGCUCUCAAGCAUAGCAACCACAGAGCAUGCGCUAUGGAAAUUCAGUAGCCGGUGCUGGUAGGGUGUAUAGGAACAGAGUAACUAAUGUCAUUCUGAGAUACCGGCAUGCUGGAAAUGAGGCCAGCAUGUCGGUAUCACUGAGGAGAUUUACAGAACAAACAAAAGAUGAUUAGAGUAGUAGCCGAGGACAGACCUGAUGUGGGUGUUACGUGACGAGUAACACCCAAGAAAUAUCUGAGGAGAUGGAAGACCUAGAACAAGUUAUGGUGAGUAAAUUACUGUGCAUAGAAUACAUCUUGCAUCUCCAUGAUAUAUGAUGUAUUCAAUGUAUUUGGGGACGAUUUAGCAAAUGUUCAAAAUAAAGUAAACCUUUUCUUAAAGUUUUUAAUUCCCUUUGAAUUCUUACUUUAGUGAAAAAUCCUUACAGUGUGUCUGUUUUACACUAUUAUUUAUUGCGAUUUAUAUAGCGCCAACAAAUUCCGUAGCACUUUACAAUAUUUAUUAGAGGGGGGAUUUGACUAUAAAUAGGACAAUUACAAGAAAACUUACAGAAACAAAGGGUUGAAGAGGGCCCUGCUCAAACGAGCUUACAGUCUAUUUCAAUAGACUACAAUUCUGAAUUUUUGUGAAUAACCCCCUCUUUGUCUUGCUCAUGGAGAAUCUCCCAGAAAAGUAUCUAAUUAACUUCCUGUGGUGAGAAAUGGAAAAGCCUUUAACGCACAGUGCAUGACACAGCAGGUCCUAAAGUGCAGCCUUGCUAUUUUGCAGAAAAUCAACGAAGUGAUGCUCUGCAGAGCUCAAACUCGGGAGGGGUUAGUCUGUACUCUGCAGAGCAAUUAACCAACUUACUGACCUGGAUUUAAUGUUUUAGGAAUGCCGGAUUAAUUAGAUGGGGGCUGAGAGGGUUGCCAAGUUUGUGUGUUAAUUAAGUACCCAAUUGUUUUGGAACUUUUGCAGCAUCAUAGUGUGAUAACCCAACAUUGAAUCACCCUAUUAUUACAACAAGAGUUAUGCCUACCCUAUUUAUAAAGGUCCAACAUGUGCCAUAGCGAUGAUGUCUGUUGGCAUUGAGCAUGUGAUGCAUGUUUAUACCUCCUCCACCCCGUACGGCUGUCUGGAUGUAUAAUAUAAGCCUGGCCAUCCUUGAGCUGUAACAAUGCCUUGUGUGUUUUUGUGUACUCCCUAUAGGCUCCAGAACCAAGGAUUUUUUUUAAAAAGGUUGAAAACAAAGCAAAACCAGACCAGUUCUGGAACAUUUUACAUUGUGAAGGGGGAGUUGAAACAUUUGAAAUGAAUAUUUAAUAUAAAUACAAAUUGUUUCUUCUGAAAAGUAUUUAUUUAAAAUAUGCUUGCAAAUUGUUUCUCUUCCCAUUUGUGCAUAUGUGAUUUUUUUUUAAUUUUUUUUUUUUUUUUUUUUUUUUUUUAAACAGAGAAAUCAAUAUGGCAUUGCAUGAAGUGUUUCUGAUGAUCUCUGUGAAUGUGGUCAGUGUGAAAUGUAUAAUCUGCAUGGCUGUUUUCCUAGGCAUGUAAUAAUAUAUAAAAAUUAAGAGGGAUUUGACUUAUUCAGAACUUUUAAAUGGAAGCGUGAGUGAUAAAGGAAACAUGCUUGCCAUGACACUUUAGCAGACACACUAUCUAACCUUGCCAACGAGCCCUACAUAAUUGAUUGUGGCACUCAAUGACAAGCAAAAUCACAAUUGAGACUGUUGUGGUUCUGCCCAAAAUCUUUUGGAAAUGAAAAUAUAAAACUAAAACUCCAUUGUUAUUCUCUUUGUUUAUUCAUGCAGGCUUGAAAGAAGGUUUAUUUACUAAGCUAUUCAGUCUUUAGUAAAUUGAAUUCCAAAUGGCAAAGUGUAGGGUACAAUAGCUGAUAUGAAAAAUGGCUUCACUCCGUUGUAGUGACGGCCUUAAUUUUAGUUUGCUACAUCUUUGGUUUCCGUGAAUAAAACCAUUGUAUUGAAAUGUUACCUUUACUUUUGGCUUUAUCAAUAGAAAAGACCUAUUUAUUUUGUUGUUUACUGGGUUUGUAAAAAAAUAGUACUGCAGUUCUCCUGUAAUGUUAUUUUUGUCUAUUAUCCCCUUUUGCAUUCCCCCUUCUUAAUCUCCUGUGUUGACUCACCAUGGUUCCAUCAUAUUUGGAGAGAUGCAAAUGGUCUAAACCAGCAUAAUUCUAGUGGGUGCAAUAAAAUCUUUCCAAUUUCCUGAACUUUGAGUAAUAUGUUAGUGUAUUUGACUCUGCUAUGGUAAAACAACCCAUCCCGCAUGAUCUAGCUUUUGUCUGCACGUAUGCAUUUUUAUAUUUAAAAAAAAAUAAAAAAAAUAACAUGUAUAAGCUGUUUUUUUUUCUUGUAUGUUAGUAGUUUUUACUUGUGUAAUGGAAAAAGAUGUUUGUGUGCUAUAAUUCAUCCACUAGAUUGUCAGCUCUGCAGGCUAGGGAGUUUUCCUAUUUGUGUGCAUUUCUGUUUUCUUUGUUUCCUGGCACAUCUUCUAGGGAGGCUUCCAUUGUGUCUCUCAUCACAUUUAUAUCCUGACUUUUUAUUGGAGAAUGAUGACAUCAGCCUGGGUGUAGUGGUUUAGGUGUCAGUUGAAGAGUUGGGGUAAAUAUUAAUUAAUAUUGCUGGAGGGACAGUAGUUUAUUCAUAACAAAGAAGGGUCUUGUUAAAUCUUGUAUUAGAUAUGGGUACCAAGUUAAACACAGUGGGCCUGUUUACAUUAGAAUGAACAUAGAAAGGUGUGGAUAUGUGAAUUAUACUCGCUAAACAUAAUUGCAGUGAGAUAUAACUAAGUGGCUUAUAUAUAGUGCAUUAUCUUUCCAUCCUUUUGUACUAAAUUUCUAUCAACCCAUCCUGUCUAGUCUUGAUGGCCAAGGUGGGUGACGCAAACGCAGAAUGCUGAAGUUAAAGGGUAUUUUAAAGAGCACAAAAUUCCAUCUGUACAGCAUGUUAGAUGUUCUAGCAAAUGUAUAGAUGGGGGAGGAAAAACCUUUUUAAAAAUAGGGCUUCCCUCCCCACUUGUUUGUCAAUUCUUUAGCAUGGACCCUAAUAUAAUUUACAAUAGACUCCAGGAAGAGUAUGUGUAUAAAAAGUGACAGGUUCACUUUAAAGCAUGUGUUCUUUGCUCCAGAUAGCAGAGUUUGCUUGAGGGGACAUGGCCCCCACAAGAUGCUGUACCUUGUCACAGGUGCACGUUUUGUCAGUCUGACCCUGCAUAAACUGUUACAAAAAGGCACGUGUUUCAGUCUGUUAGUAUGUGUUCAAAUUUAAACUUUGGUUAAUUAAAAUAAUUUAAUAAACAAAACAUAGAACUAGUAUUGAAGAAACUGGUUAUAGCUCAACCCUUAUGACAGCAGUGUUUGGCAUGUGUCAACAGUAAAUUGACAUUGCGCGUUGAGUGGUUCAAGUUUUGUAAUGACUAACUUGCACGUUGUGUAUUGUGCCCUUUGCCCUGUUGCUCUGAGGGUUAUUCACUGUAGUGUGAAUUAUCACACAAGAUGCGUUGCAAGAUUCCAUAUUGAAAAAUGUUUGACAUUGAGAAUUGGUCAAGUUUGAUUAUUUGGAACACCCCAUUGGGGGGAGGGGGAAACUAUUUAUUUUUGCAUUGUUUCUCAUUUGGGGGAUAUCUAAAACAGCUUGCAAAAGCUGCAGAUCUCUUGUCUGCAGCCUUUGCAAGCUUUCCUCUUUUUUUUUUUUUCACAUAAAUCUGUGCCAGUAAGAUGACCAAUUAGAGGUUUUACAUUGAGUAGCCAAUGAUGUUGAACCGCACUUUUGUGUGGGUGGUUUUGAGUGCAUGCUCAGCUUUCCAGGGAGCCUAGGAGGAUGCAGUGACCAGCCAGGGAUGCAAGAGUAAAAUGAUUCCUGUGGAUGCUCAUGCAUGGGCAUGUUUGCUAUAACAAACAAAUUCUGACUUUGGUUAGAAGUAGCACGCAUGCCUGUAAGCUUUUUGGAGCUAACUGAAUUAGAAAGAUAACUUUUCAAGUUGUUUCUGCAGUGAUUUUUAUUUUAUUUUUAUUUUUUUUAAUAUAAGUCAGCAUUUAUAAACUGGAAUUAAAAAGAGGAAGUCCUGACACACACAGCACUUGUGCUUCAUGUGUGUGUAGUUGUCCUUUAAAUUUGAAAUCCACUUUGACUUUCUGACAAGUCACACUUUAGUGAAUAACGUUGCCUAUAAUUGACAAGGUAUUGAUCAUCAUCAUUACCAAAACAGCAUCCGCAGCACUGGCAGGUAAUGUAGUCCUAAUCGACCACUCUUCCUAAGCUGAGCUAACUCUGGCUCGAGUCCUGCUUGUUUGGAGUUUAGCCACACACUGAGUGAGUGCAUUGGUAGCUACAGGAUUAAGCUUUUGAGAGAGUUAUAUGGGUAAGGAAUUAGAGAGAAGUGAGCAUAGAGCAUAUUGAGGAAAAUUGUUGUUGCUUUUUUACUCAUUUAUUUAUUAUUCAUCCUAGCCUAAAAAUGUGAAAAAACACACAUCAUCAUGCACGAAGGAAAAAUUGAGCCUGUGUGAAAUGAUGCAUAGUUGGAUUGCUUAAGGAGUUAUCUGUACUAAAUUUGAUUGCAGCCAAGGAGCUCUGUUUAUUUUGAACUAAUGCAUCUUCAAGACCGACAAGGGCGGGAGCAAAACAGUAAAUAUUUGGACAGGUUCUUGUGGUUUGCCUGCAUCAUUUUGAAGGGGGGUAUAAUUAUUACAAAUGGAGUUUGUUAUAAAAGGUUUGUUACUGGAAAGCAGGCAAGCCAUUGGCAAGUAAAAAAUUUAGUCCUGACAAUAGAAAUCCACCCCUGUUGAGCAUUUUAUGACUUGCAGUGGCGAGUAACUUUAAAGGCUUGACUACUCUUAUAUGGCUUCAAGAUCAAACUGAAAGCUGAAUUCUGCAUUUUUUUGUAAGCAUGUGUAUCUCUUGGUGGGGUUUGAGUAUUGAGGGCUAGAUUAGCUCCUGCCAAGAUCAUGACCUGUGCAAAUAAAAAAAUAAAAAAAAAAUAAAAAAAUUUAAACGUGUGUAUGUAUGUGUGUAUAUAUGUGUGUGUAUAUAUAUAUAUAUAUAUAUAUAUAUAUAUAUAUAUAUGUGUGUAUGUAUGUAUGUAUGUGUAUAUAUAUAUGUGUGUAUAUAUAUAUAUAUAUAUAUAUAUAUAUAUAUAUAUUAUAAUUACAGAUGCCCUCAUCUAUUGGAAAAACAUUCUCUUGAAAACGCUUUGUGUUGCAUCGUCCUGAACAGAACUGUAUAAAGGAGAAAAGGGCUAUGCGCGGUUACUCUAGCAAAUGAAGUGACACCUACUGCAGAGGAAGAAUAACAGAUAUAUGGCAUUAAAUGUUUAAUCAAGCUCAGCUAAUUAGGGCAAGAACUUUUAAUAACUUACUGUUCAAGAGAGAAAUCUGAUGACUGCUUUGGAUUUAGGAAAAAUAUAUAUUUUUAUUUUAUUGUUUUGUGUCCCAAUCGUAAACUACUUCUUGAAGAGUCUUUGUCUUUGGGAUCAACCGCAAAUAUUCGUAUGUGUUGAACGAAUGCUUUUACUUUGUUUUUUGAAAACCUUACAAAAAGAGCAAAGUUAGAGGAUCAUACGUAGUAGCUGCAGGUGCAGGGUUUACAGGCAAUCAUGUUUUGUUCCACGGAGUGACCUUUGCAAAUGUCAGGUGGUGGUGUGUGUUGUGUGUGUGUGUGUUUUUGUUUUGUUUUGUUUUGUUUCACUUGAAUUAAAGGGACUCUCCAGUGCCAGGAAAACAAACCGUUUUCCUGGCACUGCAGGUCCCCUCUCCCUCCCACCCCCCAUCCCAUGUUGCUGAAGGGUUAAAACCCUUUCAGUGACUUGCCUGUAUCCAGCGGCGAUGUCUCUCGGUGCUAGGUCAGGCUCCGCCUACCCUCCUCUCCCGCCGUCAGCUGGCGGGGGAGACCUAUUGAGCAUGUUCGUCCGGCAGCAGGGGAGACCUAAUGGGCAUGUGCGCCAAUGCCGCACACUCGCAUUAGACCUCCCGAUAGGAAAGCAUUGAAUAAUGCUUUCAAUACUUUCCUAUGGGGAUUUCGGCGACGCUGGAGGUCCUUACAUAGCGUUCUAUGAACACGGAAGUGUGCUCUAGUGUCUGUCUAGUAGACAGCCACUAGAGGAGGACCUAACCCUUCAAUGUAAAUAUUGCAGUUUAUGCAAACUGCAAUAAUUACACUUGCAGGGUUAAGGGUAGUGGGAGUUGGCACCCAGACCACUCCAAUGGGCAGAAGUGGUCUGGGUGCCUGGAGUGUCCCUUUAAGGUUCCUUAAUUAAAGUGAAAAUAAAUAAAUAAAAAUUUGAAAACUAUACUAUGUACAUUACCUGAAUGGUAAUCUAUACUCUUAGUACCAAAACUUUAUAAAUAAAUCUCUUCUCAGGACAGGAAAACAUGGGAGCGACUUACAUGAAUUUUAAAAACUAAUUUUAAAUUUUUUUUUUUUUUUUUAAACUCCAACCACUAUGACCACUUCUGCUCUUAGAAAUGUUCAUGGUGGUAGGAGUCUGUCUGUGCAACGUUUCAGCUUGAAAUGCUGCAUAUCUAGUAAUAUCUGCACUUUUGAUCCGGGAAUUCGGUGCACUCUUAAAGGACCACUAUAGUGCCAGGAAAACAUACUCGUUUUCCUGGCACUAUAGUGCCCUGAGGGUGCCCCCACCCUCAGGGUCCCACUCCCGCCCGGCUCUGGAAAGGGGAAAGGGGUUACAACUUACCUUUUUCCAGCGCUGGGCGGGGAGCUCUCCUCCUCCGAUCCUCCUCUUCUCCUCCCCGUCGGCUGAAUGCGCACGCGCGGCAAGAGCUGCGCGCGCAUUCAGCCGGUCACAUAGGAAAGCAUGCACAAUGCUUUCCUAUGGACGCUGGCGUGCUCUCACUGUGAAAAUCACAGUGAGAAGCACGCAAGCGCCUCUAGCGGCUGUCAAUGAGACAGCCGCUAGAGGAAAUAGGGGAAGGCUUAACCCAUUAAUAAACAUAGCAGUUUCUCUGAAACUGCUAUGUUUAUGAAAAAAUGGGUUAACCCUUAAAGGACCUGGCACCCAGACCACUUCAUUAAGCUGAAGUGGUCUGGGUGCCUAGAGUGGUCCUUUAACAUAUGACUUGGGCACCCUGAAACUCUGUUAAGGGUCGCCAAAUAUUAAUUCUCUGAAAACAAACCUACAUCUGUUGUCAGCAUGCAUUGCACACUGGCAACAGUUGUUCUUGGGUUCUCCCCUUGCAGGUUGCAUUGGGAGUGCGCCUGCAACUGGAAGAGUCUGUCUCUUCUUUCCCCGCCUUCCUCGCUUGUUUCAACCACACCUCUCUAUGCUCUUAAAUUGCUGCAUUUUCUUUCCAGUCCCUCCCCCCAGCCCAGAGUGCAUGCAUGUACUUUGAACCAGUGAAACAGUCUAAUCAAAUACUUCUCUGGGAGCAUUUGAUUGGACCUCGCAAGGCAGGCAGUGAGGUCAUACGGGGUGUGGUGAGCUUCGUAUGGUGCUGGAUUACAGGUAAAUUAUUCAUUAUUUUACAGGGUCUUAAGGGUUGGUGGAUAAGUGAAUAGUGCCCAAUUUGGAACACUCUUAUAUUAUGUUCGUCCAAUACAAGGGUAUAAUUACAUACUGCGAUACUCUGGUUAUUUUGGUAUCUUUUCUGCUGGACUAAUAUGACUAAUACAAUCAAUAUAUUUUUAUAUAAUUGGAGUAGCCCUUUUUACUUCCUGCUAAACUACAAAUAAAGAUUGUCAAAACAGGCAACCCGAAAGAGGAAUUUUAAGAAAGUUGCACAUUGGGCAGAUACAAGUUUCAGACUGUAUCUCAAACUGUAAUCUUUUAUUGUGGCACCAUACUAUGUAUAACAUGUUUUAAUCAAUGUAUCCUCAAUAGAAAUUCUGCAGCUUUUAACAGGAAUUAUCUGUAGGUAGCUACCUGUACAACUGGGCAUAAAUCCCAAAUUUGCUUUUACACUACUAUUGGGCCUGUUUUCUAUAUAUUGAGUGCAGUAUGUGGUGUUUAUUUUGUCGUAAACUGUUGGGUAUCAAAGGAUCUAAUAUCAGGGUACCAGGUGUGAUGGGUAUAAACUGUACUUAUUUCUUAUAUUUAGUAUGGCAAUGUAUAUGAUCACAAAUUCCAACUUUGAAUUUAAAAAUGUGCUUCUUCAACUUUUAUUUUCCCCUCAAACGAGGUCAGUAUUUUAACUAUAUAAUUUCAUUGUUGUUGCAUAACUUGUCAUAAAUUGUAUUCACCUUAAUGAAGUGCAAUAUGUCAGAGGUGUUGGCAGAGUGACCUAGAAACAAUGGGCCAAAAGUGUGUGAAUCAUACUGAUAGUUGUAACUGUACUUCAUCACUUUUGAAAUUGACAUGUGUUGCAAUUCAUGUAAAUGUAAAGGAGUAGAAAGUGUUUCAUUAAAAAGGAUGUCCGCCCUUUCUGUUCUAUAGGAGGGGCACAAAAACUACUGGUUGAUGGGCAUAUAAGCACCAUUUACACAAACAUACAAACUGUGUAGUUAAUAUAUGGGAAACCUAAUGCUACUGAAGUGUUCUGGAGACAACUGGUCAAGUGAUUUGUGAAGGUUUACAGAAACUCACAAUGGCAUUAAUUGUUCCCAACAUAGCUUACAAUGUAGAAAGUACAGAUGGUCACUUCUACUCAUGAGUUUUUAACACUGCUAAUUAACAAGGUAUAGUAGAGCUCUGCAUUCUUCAACUUACUGUUCUAGAUAUGUUGGUCUUAACUGACUACAACAUUCUGAUUUGCCAGGUAAACCACCCAAUGAGUGCUACAAGCUAUCUAACUGCUAUUCAGUUUGGGGUGGGAAGGAUUUAGGAGUAUGUAAUGGUAGGGGAGACUCACUCCACUGACACUGAUAAGAAAAUAUGGCAGCUGCAAUGAAUUUAAAUUGAACAUGUUGAUAAAAUGGGUGUAUAACUAUGUAGGAAAGGAUUAGAUUUGUAGAUUAUGCUAGUGAAAUAGCUAACAAAUGUUUGUUGGGGUAGAUCUGUUUUGAUAGCUGUGUCCCCGUGUCUUUUUUUUUUUUUUUGUUAAUUUUAUUAUUUAUUUUUUUUAUCCUGCUUUUGGUACUAUAUGGUUGAAAGAACGAUGUGCAUUUUAUUGCUACUCAUUUCUUUCAAAUACAUGCCCAUUUAUGUAGAAGAGAAAAUAUCACAUGGAUGUGCUUUUGAGUGUUUAGAACCUGACAGUGAUGGAAUCUUUAGCUUGAAUUACUUGCACACCAGUUGUUGUGUUGGUAGAACUCUCCAAUCUGUAGCAUUGCAAGAUCCAUAGAAUAAGAUACUGCUCAAGUUCUAUUGUGUCGCAAUGCUUAGAGUAUCCUUAAGAUUUAGAGCUGAGCCCUGAUGCAACUUUCACAUCUUUAUUGUGAUGCCUGAAGCAAAUAUAAGCUCUGAAUACUUAUGGGAGUCAGAGAGGACCCACCUUGCAAUAAAAAGAGAUUGUUUAACCCAAAUCCAUUGUGCCCAGCCCUUAUAAUGCUCUACAUUGCAGAUCCUUCUCUGUGAACGGAGGGAAGGUCUGUUUAACUCUGCAAUCUGCUUUUGCAGUACUGUAAUUAAAAUGAUUAGGAACUUUUAUGAAAGGUGCUUAAAUGUGUAUUGCUCUAAAUGUCUAAACUUUGUUUGGCCCGGGAACCAGCGAUGCUAUGCGAUGCUUGAGUAUAUUGGUUUUCCAUGGGAUAUAAUCAGAAACAAAAGCCCAGUCUUCAUAUGCAUAAUGCAUGUCCUAGUCUGAUAUCUUGACCAGUGCUAUGUUUAGACAUUAUAUUAAACCCUUUUAAGUCACGCUGUCCUUACUUGAUCUCCUCUAUGUAAAUGCCAACUUAAUGAGCGUACAUUUGCUUUGAAGAUAUGUUGAACUCAAGAACUCCAUUUGGAUCUACCCCACACUCAAACCAUUAACCAUGUACCAUCACCUUAUUAGCAGUUGCAAAUAGAAUACGAAAAAAUUAUUUGUGUGUGUGUGUGUGUGUGUGUGUGUGUGUGUAUAUAUAUGUAUAUAUAUAUAUAUAUAUAUAUAUAUAUAUAUAUAUAUAUAUAUAUAUAUAUAUAUAUAUAUAUAUAUAUAUAUAUAUAUGUGUGUAUGUAUGUAUGUGUAUAUAUAUAUGUAUAUGUGUGUAUAUAUAUAUAUUUUUUUUUUUUUUUAAAUCAGAAAGGGGAGGGAGUAACAAAUUCGUAGUUGUUUUACAUGUCCUGAUAAGAAACUUUAUCAACGACUCCAUUUUUAUUUUUCCUGGAUUGAUUUUAAUGAGGGAUCACCAACUUGAGAUCUUGAGUAGUUCUUGUUUUUAAAUUACAUUUUAGUUGUGUAUAUUAGUAAUUCACCUAAAAUGUCUCAGAACAACCCCACUCACACCACUAAAAUGAGUGUCCCUCUUUGUCCUUUUAAAAUGUUGUUCCAUAUCCAGUGGUCUAGAUAUUCUGAAAUAAGCUAUUGUACAGUGUUUUGGAGAAGGUAUGGACAGGCCUUUUGUACAGUCGUAAUGUACAGUAUCUCACAAAAGUGAUUACACGCCUCACAUUUUUGUAAAUAUUUUAUAUCUUUUCAUGUGACAACACUGAAGAAAUGACACUCUGCUACAAUGUAAAGUAGUAAGUGUACAGUCUGUAUAACAGUGUAAAUUUGCUGUCCCCUCAAAAUAACUCAACACAGAGCCAUUAAUGUCUAAACGGUUGGCAACAAGUGAGUACACCCCUAAGUGGAAAUAUCCAAAUUGGUCUCAGCGUGUCAAUAUUUUGUGUGGCGAAAUGGCUGCAAUCUUACAGAGCUCCUGACAAUCUACAAGAAAUCACUACUAAUCUGUAGCCCCAAAGUGCCAUCGAUGAGUACACUCACUCACAUGGGCACGCAUUUAGGUAGAGCCGCACACUGAUGCCUUUCCUGUUCUCACACACGGGCAAGAAAACCCGGAGGAGAACCGGGGCCUACCUCGAGGUGCAGACCGCAAAGGCUGCGCAAGAAAUGAUCGCACGGGCGGCAGGAAUCCCAUACGACACCCGCUUGCUGUACGGUCCCACUGCACCAGACACCCACAACAUGGGGAGAAUGUCCCAGAAACCUACCUCGGGCACCGGCAGAGACACCCAAGACAUUAAGGCCUUGUUACAGCACCCGACGAUGCCCAAGAUGGCGACCUCGCCGGACCGCGAGCGGAACCCCCCAGACACAGAGGGGGCCCCCCCUGCAGAAAUACCGUAGCCCUCUAGGGCGCAGUCGACCUCGGAAACACCAGCGGGCAGAGACAAACAAAGCCCGGCCACCAAAGAGGAUAUUGCCGACCUGCUGCAAGAAAUGAGGCAACUACAUGGCGCGGAUCUUAACCUGCUCCAGACUGAAAUACAGGCGGUGACGGCGUGCACACAGGCCUCUGAGGAAAAUCUACAAGACCUGCGGCAAGAGGUACAGGGGCUCACAGAACAAAUCCACCAACUCCAAGCCUCCCAGACCGCCCUCAAUACAAGAGUGGAUGUGUCAGAAUACCACAAUAGAUAAGUUAACAUCAAACCGAGGGGGAUCCCUGACAGCAUAGAUUCCACCGAGCUACCCCACUACCUUUGGGGCCUCAUAGCCACGAUCCUACCACACUCCCAAGCGAAAAACUGGUACUGGAUGGCUAUUUUCGUAACCGAAAGCCUAGAUGAGCACCCCCUAACGCCUCACAAGAUGUCAUCAUACGAUGCCACUCUGCAACAAACAAAAUCAGGCUUCUCACUGCAGUCCGGGAGGGGGGGGGGUAAAACCCCACUCACCUUUGAAUCCUCCAACCUCACCUUUUACCAAGAUGUGACACGGAACACCUUAUUAUGGCGCAGGUCCUUAGGCCACAUCACUAGCCAACUGGGCGCAGCUAACAUCGCUUAUAGAUGGACAUUGCCAAGGUCUCUCACGUUAACUAAAGACUGCACCACAACCAGCCUCACCUCACUACAGAAUGCCAAACUAUUCCUGCAGGACCUAGGGAUUGCCACACGACUCAGGCAACAGACAACCCCUGCCGCAACACAUUCUUGGAACCCGGAGAGAACGGCACCUUUCGUUCCCAGGGGUGCAGAGAUGCCGCGAGCCCCGACAUAUGAACGGUCUACCGAUCCAAGCAUCUAACACUUUCUCCUGUUUUAAUUGCUCUACCGUUAUGAUUAUUAUAAUUUUAUUAUAACUUUAUUUUUAUACCUUAAUUGCUGUUAAAAGCACACCAAGGGCUCUAAAACAACUCACACUAGACAUAGCACAGCUAGACACAGGAACCCCGCACAGGGGCACCUCUGGGCCCUAGCGCAGGCUCACACCACACUAGGAGCUACAACAGGCACGCAUAUGACCACACUCUACUUCCCCUCCCCCCCCGGGCUAGGGGGCACCAACCUAUGGGACCGAACCUUAGGCAGUACACACGCACUAAAAUUUGAACGACUACUUGCAAGCACCUUACUGCAGGGCCACCAUCAGAAAUUGUGGGGCCCCUAACACAGCUCAAGGUCUGGGCCCCCGGGUGCCUGCCUCCAAAUCCCGCCCACCGGAAUACACACACAUACUAACAGACACAAAUUCUGAAACAGACAUACACACAUAUAGACCCAUACAGAUACACACACAUACACUGACGUACAUACAUACAGGCAUACAAACUGACUUACAGACAUACAAACUGACAUACAGACACAUAAAUACAUAAUGGCAUACAUACACAUACAUAAUGAUAUACACACAGAUAUAUACAUAGACAUACUGACACACACAGACAUAAUACAUACUGACAUAUAUACACACAGAUAUAUACAUACACAGAUACAUACUGACAUUCACACACAGACAUACAUGCAUAUUGACAUACAUACACAGACAUAAACACACAGACCUAUACAAACACACAGACCUAUAGAUACACACACACAUAAACAGGACAUACACACACACACACACACACAUAUAUAUAAUAGAGACACAUAAAUACAUACUGACAUACAUAUACAUACACACACACACACACACACACACACAGAUAUAUACAUACACAGAUACAUACAGACAUAUAUACACACACACACACACAUACAUGCAUACUGACAUACUAAUAUAUACAUACUGACAUACACACAUUCACACAGACAUACAUGCAUAUUGACAUACAAACACACAUAGACAUACACACACAUAUAAUACAGACACAUAAAUACAUACUGACAUACAUAUAUACACACACACAUACACAGAUACAUACAGACAUACAUAUAUACACACACACACACACAGAUACAUACACAGAUACAUACAGACAUAUGAUAUAUAUAUAUAUAUAUAUAUAUAUACACGACCGAACACAUACAUGCAUACUGACAUACACAUACAGAGAUAUAUAGACAUACAUACAUACAUACAUACACACACACACACACACACACACACACACACACACAGACACACUGACAUAGAAACACACACACAGACAUACUGACAUACAUGCAUACUGACAGACAUGCACGCAGACACAUACACACUGACAUACUGAUUUAUACUGAUACACAGACAUACACACACCUCAUUUAUUAGCCACCCUCCUCUUACCUUUAAGUUGCAGGACGGUGGCUGGGGAUAAUGGGAGUGGAUGCCUCUGGUGUCCUCUCCUGUCCUCUGCUCUCCCUCUCCUCCGCUCUCCCUCUCCCCCCGCGCGGAGUAAGCUGGCAGGAAGUGACUGGCUGUCACUUCCUCCCAACAGCACUUGCGGUGUAGCCGCAAUUUUUUUUUUUUAAAGGGGCCCUAAAUGCUUGGGCCACCUGAUUAGCCAGGUGUAGACGCACCUGCGGGAGUUUUGCCACUCCUCGUGGGGCCCAGGUGGCCGGGCCCCCGACAACCGUCAUGGUUGUCACCCCCUGAUGGCGGCCCUGCCUUACUGUGCCCCCACAGGGAAAGGGACCUGCAGACCUCACACUGUCUUACUAUUACAUUCCCUCAGACGACAACCCAACUAGGAAAGGGCAUGUCGCACUAUAGCUCACCAAACACACGGGAUGAUAGACAAGGACCGCCUGACAGACACAACCGCACCAAACGACCGGCAGCUACUUGAGGGACCUCCCCACGGGCUAGACCUCUGUGAUACUCUCGUUAGCGCUAUUAACACCCAUGCCUCCUGCCGUUAAUAACCAUGAGACGGUUUGCACUAUGCCAGCACAGAGGCAUGCACCCUACCAAAUAUGACCGAUAAGCAUACAAGAGACACCAAGUGCUUAGUUGGGUAUUAUUUCCAAGAGCCUCUCAAGCUUGAUUGUAACAAUACUAUAAAAAUGUGCAAAGAUAGCAGAUACCACAUGUUACUCUACUACCCAUAAAUGUUAUACAGCUAUGUGUCACAAUAUUUUAAACGUUACUCCACCAACACUGGUUUUACUGUGUUUUACUGUGCACAGAAAAAUAAAGAAUUACGUUUUUAUUUUUUUUAAAUAUGAAUAUAAAAUAUUUUGUGUGGCCACCAUUAUGUUCCAGCACUGCCUUAACCCUCAUGGGCAUGGAGUUCACCAGAGCUUCACAGGUUGCCAUUGGAGUCCUCGAUCACUCCUUCAUGACAACAUCACUUUGCUGGUGGAUGUUGGAGACCUUACCCCUCCCCCCCCCCCACCCUUCCGUUUGAGGAUGCCCCACAGAUGCUCAAUAGGGUUUUGGUCUGGAGACAUGCUGGGCCAGUCCAUCACCUUUACCUUCGGUGGUGAUCAUCUUGGAGGUGUGUUUGGGGUCGUUAUCAUGUUGGAAUACUGCCCUGCGGCCCAGUCUCCGAAGGGAGAAACUGCAGCUCAGUUUCAGUGUCUUGGCAAUCUUUUUUUUUUAGAUCCUCAGAGUUCUUUGCCAUGAGGUGCCAUGUUGAACUUCCAGUGACCAGUAUGAGAAAGUGAGAGAGGCAUAACACCAAAUUUAACACACCUACUCCCCAUUCACACUUGAGAACUUGUAACACUAACGAGUCAUAUGACACCGGGGAGGGAAAAUGGCUAAUUGCCAACGGUUUAGACAUUAAUGGCUGUGUGUUAUUUUGAGGGGACCGCAAAUUUACACUGUUAUACAGGCUGUACACUUACUACUUUACAUUGUAGCAGAGUGUCAUUUCUUCAGUGUUGUCGCAUGAAAAGAUAUAAUAAAAUAUUUUACAAAAAUAUGAGGGGUGUACUCACUUGUGAGAUACUGUAUCUUUAUGUUGCUUUGAAGGAUAACCAAACCGCUUAUCCUAUAAACUGUGGGUUGAGCCAUUAUAGCCUGAUGCUCUGAGUGAGAUUACUUUAUACUUGAACACCCUUGAGAACAACUAUCUUGUUUAGAAAGACAAGAUUGUGGAGACAGGCUAAGGCAGAUGCAAGAGCACACGCCUUGGAAGGUAGACUUUAAAAGACAGAAAUUGUUUAAAGCAUUUAAAAGCUGUUAACAGCUGUUCUACAAAAUCCUGAUUGCCAGUAACCACAUCACACCGAAAAAAACUCUUUCCAGAGGUUACACCAAAAAGUGCAUUAACAGAUCGGUCUCAGUACCUAACAACAUCAAAACUACUGCAAUUCUCCAAAAUAAACUGGAUGGGCGAAAUAACUGAUGAUCGAUAUAUUAUGAAGGAGAAUAAGGUGUAUCAAGAAGUAGAUCCCUUUUUUUUAUUUUAUUUUUUUCUGAUCUUCAGAACUUGCAAUAAAGGGGCAAUAUGGUUUAUCCCUAGUGAUAUGUGAAGACAUCUAAACUUACUGCUAUUUGUAUAGCUACUCUUUAAGUGUGUAUGUUCUCACAUAACACAACAAGGCAGUGAUGGACUCUAAAAGCUAGCUGAGCAUCAUGGGAAAUGUAGUCCAGAAACCACUUAUGGUGUCAAGGUUAGCCAUCACUGCAUAAGGUAUCACAAUUUGUAACGUAGGGUGUACCUUGUCCAGUAAAAUAGCCUCCAUCGUUGCUUGGUUCUUAUGUGGACAUUCAGAGCAGUAAUCACUCCAGAUGGAUGGAUGGAUGCUCAUACCAUAUAAAUAUAGAGAAGGAAUAAGAUACCAUGGGGCCCUGGGUAGGCUACCAUCUAAGCCUCACCUUCAUUCUUCACAUAUAUGGCUAAAGGGAUAAAUGCUUGGUUCCAGGGCUCCUGUCUAACCACUGGGAGGCCACGUACGGUCGCUUUAUGAUCUUGCUCUGAUUAAAUAUCCCAUAAAAUGUUUAACAUUUGGCAGGAGACAAUGCUGGGCGAAGGCAUCUUUUAGUUUUCUCUAAACUCAAAUCAUUUGUGAUGUAUGAAGUAAGGUGACAAAUGGCUCAGAUUACUGUAUUCCUUGUUUACAAGUUCCACACACUUUCCUGCUGGAUUCCAUAUAAACUCUUCAUGCCUUGCCAUAACUUUCAAUUUUGUGAAGGUUACAAUAAUAUUUUUUGGUCCUGGGUUACGUAGAUGCAGAUUCAAAUAUUUAUUUAUUUAUUUUUAUCUUUAUUGAAAAUGUCAUCCAACAGUUGACAUACUGCAACAAAAUGUGAGUGACACAAAUGUGGUAAAUCUGUUUUGGGGCUGCAUGUUUGCAGUAUUUAUCAUGUUUCAUGUGACCUCUCUCUCUUUUUGGUGUGUUUGGGACUUGCUACCACUGUUCCUCUGCUUAUGCUAUCCAUCCAUUUGUGACAUAUGAUACCUUUUUUAUUUUUGAGCCUGUUCUCUUUGACCGGAAUCUUUCAGGUUUUGUAACAAAUGCACCUAAAACUCCAUACAGCCACUUGUGUAAUACAGCUAUAUAUGAUGAUGGGCAUAGAAGGUAUGUAAAGCAAAAUAAAGGGUUUUUGUCUGGAGAUUUUUAUCUUGUAGAAAGGAAAUGUGUGGUGGAUUUUAAUGGGCAAGUAACAAAAAGAAAAUAAUGCAUUUUUUUUAAGCUUUAAAUUGCCAUGUCUUGUUUUGGUUUGUGUCGUGUUACAUGUAAAUGCUGAAAAAUCAAUUUUCUGACUGAGCCUUGAUAAUCUCCACAAUGACAGUCUAUAAAAUGAAAGUCUACAUAUUCACACGGCAAUAAUUUUGAAAAUCGAAAAUAAGUGGAAAAAUAAAUGAUACAGACAGAGGAGUAACUAGAAACCACAGGCCCCGGUGCGAAACCUGCCCUAGGCACCUCAAAAAAUGUCUACCCCCCGCCACAUGCAGACAAACAGAUACACAUGCAGACACACAGUAUACGGAGACACACACAUAUAGAGACACACAUAGACCCAUACAUACACAGAAAUACAAACAUACAGAGGAACAUUCAUAGAGACACGCAUACACAAUCAAACACACACAUAUCAAAAAUGUUUUAGUCCCCCUCCUGUUUCCUAUCUUUUAGGUGCAAGAUGGUAAUUUUCUCUGGGGUCCAGUGGUGGCUCAGCCUGAUGGGAGUCAGAGUUCCCACUCUGACUCCCUCCUCUUCCUCCUGUGCGGCGCGGUGUGUAAGCUGGGAGGAGUGACUGGGGCAGUCACUUCCUCCCAGCUGUGAUGUCACCUCAGGUGGCCCGGUCACGCUGUUAAAGUGCCACAGCGCUGACCGUGCCCCCUGGAAAUUCAUUAAUUUCCCUUCAGUGCGGCCCAGGUGGUUAUACCGUGCGGCCAGGGCUGCAACACAUGGCGGCAGGCGCAGGGGUCCGCAGGGCGGCCGGACCCCCUGAAGUGGCGGACCUGGUCGCAGCUGCGACCCCUGCGACUGCGGUAGUUCCACCACUGGAUAAAUAUAUGACCAUUUUACUGUGCAACAUUAAAAAAAAACCUUUCCUUUUAACCUGCCUUUUUCAAAGCUGUAAUUGAAAUUAAAAAGGUAUAUCUUUUUGGAAAGAAAAUGAUUUUUAAUUUCAUGAAAACUAUUUAAAAAAAAAAUAAAUAAAAAAAAAAAAAAAAUAUUUUAUAUCCCUUCGUGACUUGAUUUGCACAUUGCAUAAUAAAGGGGCUAGCCCAAAUCCAUACCAUGUAGAAUUAUUUUUGUGUCCUUUUGAUUAUUCCCUUUGUUUAAAAUAGUGGCACCACACCGUUUUCUUCUAAACUGUCAUCGAGACUAAAGGGAAUAAACCUUUAAAUCUUACUUAUGCUCACCUGUUUCCUGUGCAUUCAUUUUAUUACUUCUGCUAUAAUUAGGCGCUUAAAAAGAAAAAAUAUAUAUAUUUUCUUCAGUAGUCUUUUUGUAUUGCGAUUGUUUUAGCAAAACAAAAGUGAAGGUAUUGUAUUUUAGUUUUGGUAAUUUAGUCCUUGUUGUCUCUAAGCAAAUAUAUACAGAAACACAAAAGCUUUGAUUUAUUUACAUUACUGUAAAGGUAGAUAAUGGUUUUCAUUUAUUUAUGUGUAUUCUUGGGAACACCUCUUCCUUCUGUGAAUAAUAAAUAAAUCACUUUUAACUUUCAUUUUUUUGUCCAUUGGUUAAUGUGUAUCUUGAUUUAAUCCCUUGUGUAUUCUAGAUUAUUCCUGCUGUGUUGUACAGAUUCUAAAAUCAGAAUCCUGAUAUGUAAAGUGAUCAUGUGAUUCAUCUGUGCGGUUGCAUGAUUGUGAUAGAGAAUUGCUAACUAAUAUAUUUUAAAAAAAAUUGCUUUGUUUUCUAAUUUUUUCAUUGUAACCCGGUGACUGCAUACACAAGCACUUGUUUAUUAGAGAAUGUGCUGAGCUUUUAAAGUGUGUUUUUAUUUAUUUUUAAUUUUUUUUAAGUAACCAGAUUCAUUAUUGCGAUCUUAUUUUGGUAAUUCCUGAAUAGCUAAUGCUGUUCCUGCUUUUAUUUGUGCUCCCCCUCCUUAAUGCCAUCAUACUGUGGAAUCAUUUUGGUUUCUAUUUGUUUGUUUAUAGGAGACAUCCAGUAAAGUGUAAUGACUUUCUGAUCUUGAAUUGUUCUACAGAUCAGAAUGAAGGUUAAGGAUUUGCUUAACUUUGUUUAAGAAUCUCUUAUUUAAUCUGUACAGGCCUUACAUUUUGCUUUGGCUCAUAGCCCAAAAUAAUUGCACUCGCCAGAUUGGGAUAGAUACGACUUGUUUUUUCUUUAUUUUUUUUAAAUCAAAAAGUACCAUUAGGUAGUCCUGCAUCAUCUCCUUAGCGUUCCCUGCAUUAAGAGUAGUGUGUGAAUUUAUCAUCUGUCUUUCAUGUUGUAAAUACUAGGGAUACUACUAGAUCUACCAUUUUAAUCCUCUGGUGACAUUCAAGGGCCUAUCUCACUAUUCUACGCUGUGUGCAGAUCUAUAUCAUAGACCAGGGGUAGGUGCAGAUCUCGAGGUGUCUUUGCACGGCACUCGAGGUGUCUUUAGACCAGGUGGGGUAGGCAACCUACGGCACUCGAGGUGUCUUUGCACGGCACUCGAGGUGUCUUUGCACGGCACUCGAGGUGUCUUUGCACGGCACUCGAGGUGUCUUUGCACGGCACUCGAGGUGUCUUUGCACGGCACUCGAGGUGUCUUUGCACGGCACUCGAGGUGUCUUUGCACGGCACUCGAGGUGUCUUUGCACGGCACUCAAGGCUGCUAGAGCCAAACAGGCUCUGGCCUGUCAGGAGUCCCAGUAAAACUUCAAAUAUCUGCUAAUACGAAAAGAUGGUGAAGGACAAUCCUCAAUUUAAGCAUUGCAGCACAUAGAGGAAAUGAUCUCAGAUCACUUCCUCCCAGCACUUGUGAAUGGGAAUCCACAACGCAGUAGAGCAGCCUGCAGCUGCUGUUGCAGCUCCUGUCUUUGACCUGUACCAGGCCAGCCUGGUCCCCACUGGAACCCAGGGAAGCCAACCAUACUGCUAGAUAUACACAGAUAUUGUGGAUCAAACCAAGUGUUUACCUGAGUAUCUGCUCCUUUCCAAAUUGUUAAAAUAAAUGCAUGCACGCUCUGAAGUAAAUUACACUGAGACACAGGUAUCAGGUUAAUGAAAAACUUUGGAAUGUUUACUCAGGGGGCGGCAAGGCCCUUAUAAAGGCAAAAAUAUAUCAUAUGCAAAAAAUGUAGAUAACAGAGAGAAUACAUCUUUAAUUGGUUAGGUGUCUUAUCUAAUGCACAUCCUACGAGGCUUGAUGUCACCAUCAUCCAGGGAUUUUACUCCGGAUGUAGGCGCCAUCUUGUUACAUGAGGUAGUUAGACGGUCGGAGAGGGUGCUCUAGUAGCCAUUUUGAGUAGAUAUUGAAUACAGGUAUACACAGUAAAUAGACAUUUUACUAUCACUAAUUUACAUUCAUAACACAGAAAUGAAGAAUAACCCUCCCCUUAUACAAAUAAUACGAACAGCCCACACUCAAACAUACACACAAUCCGCACAAACGUAACCCGCUAACAAUCCGCAUACAUGCACACAACCCCACAUGCAGCCUCUCCCAUGCAAUACCCCAAACUGCCCCCACACACUACCAACCACACAAUGUGACAUAUCCAAUCCAUCCACACACAAUACACAAAUAUGUCCGUACUAAUGAUGAUCAUGAAUGAAAGGAUGGAUACAACAGUGCAAGUCUUCCCCUUUGUCUCUUUAAUUAUCACACUUCAGACCAUAAAGUGUGCAGUAACGGAUCACCUUAAAGGGGCACUAUAGCGUCAGGAACACACAUGUUUAUUAUUACUUUCACUAUACUUUUAAAACCACCAUUUAGAUAGUAGACUCGCUUACCUCAGGUGAGAUGAUUUACUCACCUUUUUCCAGGGCCGCUCGGGACUCUUCGUGUAUGGGCCUGACACUGAAUCGCCUCCUUGGCUGACAUCAGAUCUCAUUAUUUCAGCCAAAAUGCUGUGAUGCGCCAAUUGGCAUCUCCUCAGAGAGAUACAUUGAUUCAAUGCAUCUCUAUGGGGAAAAGUUCAGCGUCUCGAUGCAGAGAGUGGAGAUGCUGACCGACCAUGCAGCACUGCCCCAAGAAGCACCUCUAAUGGCCUUCUGAGGAGUGGCCACUAAAGAUGCUCCUAGGCUGUUUUCUAUGAAAAGGCCGUGCUUACACUAAAAGCCUGCAGGGACAGGCUAUACUCACCAGAACUUCAAUAAGCUGUAGUUGUUCUGGUGAUUAUAGUGGCCCUUUUAAGCAUUCUAUGUGUUGUGGAAUACAUUUUCAUUUUUCAUUAUGUCUAGCCAGUCAUUUGUACAAUAGAUGAAGUGCCAAAGUUGGUUGUAAAAAUGUUUUUCCUCAUCUUUGUGACCUUUUUUAGGGUUACAUUUCAAGUUGACAAAGACGUACUAAAUCAGCAACAAUGCAAUAAAUUCUAUGCCUGCAACAUAAUAGUACACUGACGUUUAUCAAAAAUGAUCCAGUAAAUAUCAGAAUGCACAUGGUGUAUAAAAUGUGUUUACCGCUAUAAGACAAAAUCAGAAAGAAUGUAGAUCCGUAAAUAUUGGUAGUUAGAAAGGAUAAACUAGAAGGGUGUGUAUUUGACUUGGGUGCAUUAUUACAUUCAGGGUUAUUCAUUUUUCACCAACGUGAGUAUUCAAAGUAAAUUUCAAAUUUUAGGCUAGAGUAGCCAAACAGGAAGCCUAGUUGACUUCGAAUUUUUUCCCAGUUGUGUUAUUUUGGCCUUAUUUGCAAUUCACUUUGAAUUCUCAAUUUAGUGAAUUAUCCUGUCCCUUGUAAAGAAAAUUAAUGUGUUAAGGGUUAUUCCGUUCGAGACAAUUGUUUAAUUGGAAGUAAGAAUUUGUCCUUCAUAUGGAAUAUGCCAUAUUAGCCUGUCCAACAGACUUAGAAUUUAUUUUCCAAGUUUGAUGGGCCGGAGAUGGAUGUGAAAAUAAACAUGUGCAUUAUCUUGGUAGCAGAACAGGGUCUUUAAAAAGCAAAAUGUAUUGAAAGAAAAUGUUGUAAAUAACUGGCCAGGCUUCUAUCACUGCCAGUUCAUGUCUAGUUUGUUUGAUAUAUCAAAUAAUGCAUUUUGUAUACCUCUCAAGGUUUGAGUGAUGUCCAGGACUGAUUUUGAGUGGUAUCUAGUUUAAAUAAACACUUUUUAAAUUAUAAAUCUUUGUUUGUUUGUUUUCUACCUGUUUGUUGUCCAAAGGAUGAAAACCUAAUUGUAAUGCAUGACUCCCUUAACUUGGAUCCUAUUUUGCUCUGUUCCAUUCCUGUAUUAUUUGAAAGAUUGCUCAGUAUUCAUAUUUUGAGUGUUUGAUCAGUCUGGGUUGCAGCUGGGAUGUUCCUGUACAACUAAAGAAAUGGUAUGCCAUAUGGUAAUUGUACUUUUUAAUUACCUUUUUUGACGAUGAAUUUGCACAUGAGAAUUUAGCAGGUGAGCAAUAGUUUACCAAGAUUAAUGUGUUUUUCUCUGUUGGUCUUAAUCAUUUGUUUUGCAUUUUACAUCUAGAUAUCCCAGUCAGUCCUGUAGACCUUUUUUCCUAAUAGACAUUCUUUAGUCAUGUGGUAUAUACAAGAACCAUGGGUUCUAGGGCAGAUUAUGACUGACAAAUCCUUAAUCAUAUCCUAUGUAAUGCGAUGUCAUUAAAGUUAUUCCAAGAGUAACACUGUUUGCCCUGUGUUCUGUAAAUUGGUCUUAUGAAGCAACCAUCUGUUUAUUUUUUAGUUUUUGCCAAGCUUGGUAAAAGGUUUAAGUAAAUGUGAACUGUAUAUGAGUUCUGUCUGCCCAACCCAAGACAAUUCUCCCACAUUUUUAGUAUUUGGAGAUGGUGAGAAGAUCCCAGUAUCUGCUGUUGAGUAUUUUGUAUGUACAGUGGGCCCUUUAUUGGAUUUGUGUGUGGAGUCCUUUUAAUUGUUCAGUGACAGAAGAUAGAAGAAAAAAUAUUCCUUUUGUCAAAGCAUUUUCGUAUUUCUAAUUGGUGUUCUAGUACCACCCAUGUAUAAAUCAGUUAAUCAUUUGACACUUUGACAUGUCAUUUUAUUUACUGCCUGCUCAUUAUUUCCUUCCUAACUCUUCUUCCACCACAAUAUCUAAAACCAGAAUGCAAGAAUGCAAUCCACUUUGCUAGGUUUAGUUUAUUGUUGAGGUUCUUUGCUUACUAACUUCCCAUUAUAUAUUUUUUUAUUUUUUAUUAGAUCUUUGUUUUCUACAAAUUCUAACUAGAUCAAAAUAAAAAUGAUCAUCCAUACUUCGUCACCUAACAUUUUGGCUUUUGUGUUCCAUACUUCUAUUAACAUAAUAGGUGCAUUUUCAUUUAUUUAAACAAUAAAUGUAAAAAAUUCAGACAACUCCAACCUGCAAAGAAAUUGCUUAAAAUGUUUUGACCGCGCAAGCUUAACACAACUUUAAAUUUCAUGGAGGAGCAUUUCUAGAAUUGUAGUCCUUAUAAUCCAUGGUGACUUGACUGCAUUUUAUUAAUUCUGCUCAGUAAAUAGUCAUCUGGUCACCCGCAGAACAUCAUUGAUUGAUUUUUAGAUUACUUUAAAUGAACAAGGAACUAGUGGAGCUGAAGAGCUUGUAUCUAAGAGUUUGCUAAAACCAUCUGGCCAUGAUAGUGAAAGUAGAACAAAUGGUAUAACUUUUGUAGGUGGUGGUCCUUUUUAUGUUCAAUUCAAAACACAUUUGGGGAAAACAUUCUCACAAGACAAACAUAAAGGUGUGAUGACCUUUUGAGACACUUGAGUCAUUGUAGGUCAAUAACCGGUCUGGAAUUUAAAAUAUAAUUGCAGGAUUGCAUGUAAAUGAAUUGUUUGUCAUUAAAUGUCACAGAUGCUGUGGAAUUUUUCCCUACAAGGUUUGGAUUAAUGGUGAAGAAUUUAGACCAUGUAAAAAUAAAAAUGUACUUAAUAAUAUAGAUGAAUAAGGUUUUAAGACUCCAUAUAAUUGAAUCUCACAUGUACUCUGCAAUGAUGCCCUUGAAGUCUUGCCAGUUCUGAGAAGUAACCGUGGUUGAAUUAUUGCAAUCCAGGCUGGUUAAUGUACAUAACUGAGAGUCUUUUUGUAAAAACCUGUGGUUAAAGCUGGUUACUAUUCAUAGCUGUCUUUAACAGCAUCUUUAAGAACCAGGGCAAUUCAUGAAAGUUCUGUUUUCUAGCCUAGACACAUGAUCGAGAUACCACGAGAAAUGAGUGGGCAUACAAUGCUGACUCUGUAAUGAGUUUAGUGAGUAAAAAAAAAAAAAAAAAAAAUGGUUUGUCUGGCCACCAUAUUUAAUGCAUAGAUUGACUUCAGCAUUUACUUGGGUCCUUGUCCAUGUGUGGGUAUUUGGCAAAUAGGAUUGUCUGGUCUAAUAUAACAGACCAGCAUGUCAGUGUUAUUUACCCUGAUAAAAUAGCCAAGCUGGGAUCAGUGGAGCGUUUGUAGAGUUUUAUCAGAUAUUUCUGUGUGUUAGUGAAAAAGCCUGUGUUUCCUACAAGGCAGAUAAUUUUUAAUCUAUAAUGUACUCUGCAUUAGCAUUCUGCAUUUAAGUUUUAGAACAUGUCCAAGUAAAUGUUGUUGUUCCAGAAGGCUGCAUUUAGUUAAAAAUUUAAAUAUUUCUUCUAUAUUUCUAAGACCAGGAUUUGAAUUCUAGCUUGAUUUAAAAAAAACAAACAAAAAAAAACACCCCACACAUAGUCUUAUCUCCCAAGAACGUUAAAACUAAAUCUGAAAGCAAGAUGUGUGAUCUUGUUUUUUUCCGUUUUAUUACCUGCUUGGAAAAAGCAUAGCAGACAAAUUAUUGCAUACCUCCAGCCUAUUUUGAUGACACUGCAUUUUAUUCAAAUAAACCCCCAGACUCUACUGAUCAGAAAAAAAAAACCCUUUAGAUUAUUUAUAUUAACAUCAAAUUUGCCUAUGGUAGCUGUAAUGUAAGAGUCAACAACCCUUUAAAAAACUGAUCCUUUUGUCACCUAACGGCAACAGUGCAUUGUUUACUAAAUGCUCUACUUUUGUUACAUUUUUUUUUCUUCUUUCUUCAUAUAUUUUUACAACUGUGUAAUAAUCUGUUCCAAACUUUAAAAUUUCUACUCAUUAAUUAUUAAAGAAACACUCCAAGCACCAUAAAUACUACACACCACUAUAGUGGUUAUGGUUGCAAGUGUUCCCUUGUGCCCUCCCAGUGUAAUUUGACAGUCUGUUUUAGAAGGGUUUGACCCAUUACCUAGGUUCUGCAAGUUUGCCUGCACCUCCACCCCUUGGUUUCAGAUUCUCCAUGCAGGAAAAUACAGUGUGCUACACUAAACUAAGCUGAGCUGUGCUCAUUGGUUGUGAGCAGCAGCUGAGCGCUCUUAACCAAUGCGCGUGGACCUAUAUUGGAUGUGUUUUAAUGCAAGUAAGACAUCUGACUUCUCUUGUAGGAGAAGAACGCAUGCAAUGCUAGUACCUGGUGGACCUAGGUUAGUUGUCAAACUUUUCUAAAAUGGUUUGACAAAUUACACUGGGAAGGCACCAGGCAUUUAUGGCACAAUUACAACUACAGAGGGAUGUAGUGGUUAUGUUGCUUGAAAUAUUCAAAACUUUUUUACUUUUACAUUUCCUCCACUGCUUAUGGUCACCACUUUAUUUGGCAGGGGCUACAAUAUAUGGGUAGAAGUAGAGAUAUGCCCUCUUCUUGUCUGUAGAGCUUGGUUGAACAAAAUGAGUAUAUGUAAAAGCUCAGUUAUAUCCUGCUCAUGAAUAAUAUGAAAGAACCCCUCUGGCAUUUUUGGGAGUGCAGCUUCUCAAAAGGUUUAUGUAAAAAUUUCAGUUCAUGCAAUGCCCACAAACGGAAUGUAUAGUAGCCCGAUUAAAGUCUAGCACUUUUGCUUUACAGGACAACAAAACCCUCCUGCAGUCUUUAUUAUUCUUAUUAUUUAUAAAGCGCCACCAAAUUCAGCAAUGCAAUGAGCAGACUAACAAACAAGUAUUUGCAAUAAGACAAGUUGGAUGCACAGGAACAGAGGGUGUAGAGGGCCCUGCUCAAACCAGCUUACAUGCCAGAGGGGUACUAUCACCUCUUGCCAUCUACUAGGAAAUAUGUUACCCUGCUAUGUGCAUACCAAAACCUUAGCUGAGGGGAUCCCAAGUUUGAUUUAAUGAUCUAAAUUUAGGUGUGUGUGUUUUUUUUUUUGUUUUGUUUUUUUUUAAUGUAAAAUUAUAUUUAGUUGGUUUAUACAUGGGGUUGGAUGGAAGGGGUUAAUUUUAUGCUUUUGACUGCAGAACAGAAUUUAAAUUAUUGUAAAGUGCAGCAUGAAAACUGUGAAUCGGCCCCUGUCUGGAGGCCAUGGACCUAAUACUGGCAAUGAUAUCUUCCUGCUGCCAACCCAGGCUCAAGCUGGCACUACCAAUUUUCACAAGUUUAAUAUUCUUAAUUUAGUCUUGUUUUCCUGCAAACUCUAAAAAUAUAACAUUGUAAUACUUUUGCCAAUUGUCACAAGACAGGCAGUUUAACUAUUAAUGUACCAGGCAUUUUUCUAAAUCAAUCCGGUAGGAUAAUCCUACCUAGCCUGCCACCUUAUACCAUGUAAUGAGAUCAUUCCUUGGAAGCUCUGCUCAUCUAUUUAGGUAGAUAGACAAACUAACGAGAUUGUAAGAUAGCCUUUAUUGAUAUGGAUACAUUGCUAUUAAUUGAAGGACCUGUAUUUGGUACCAUGUAUCCGUUUACCAAUAUCCAAACACACUUGGUUGUAAAUCUUACUAGAGACCGAGUUACAAAUUAAUCAUUGCUGAACCUGCCUAACACAUGAAUCCUGCCAAACAGAAUAUGUCAAAGCACAAUUGUUUUGAGGCUGGCAGACUUGGAGCGAAUAAGAUUAAAAGGAUACUCUUUAAGCACUUACUAGGUCACAUUUCUCCUUUAUUUUCCCUCUGGCUGGAAUUCCAGAAACUAUGGCCUUCAGAAAGUUCAGUGUUGUCAAACCAGUUUGGUAAGCUUACAAAGCUUACAUUUUCUGUGCUUUUGUCGUGUUUUCUUCUUUUUAUUUUUUUCUUCUUUUAAUCAAAUGUUCAUAUCUUACAAAAAAAAAGUUAGAGCAGUUGUAAUAUCACUGUCUCAGAACCGUGAAGCCCAGGAUUCACCCCCGGGCAGACCACCUAAUAUAGUAAUAGUAAGUAUCCUUGGGCAAGACGCCUAACUAUAUAUGUCCACCUACCUCAAAUCCUCAGAUUGUAAGCAUAUUUUUUUCUUAAUGUAAAUACUUACACCUUCAUAUAUAAAUUAUGCACACAUGUUAGAAUGAACAUAGUACAUUUUAAAUUCUCAUUGGCAGGCUGUGGAAUAUUCCUGAUUUGCAAGACCUGUGUGUCCAGCUGUGGCUGGUUGCUUAUUAAUUUUUAUUUUUACAUCAGAGGAAAAUCCGCAAAAUGGACAGCAUGAGCAAGACACCAUCUCUGUGCAUUUCUGCUAAUGCAAGAAAAUAACCUCCCAAGAUCUCUAUGCAUUGUCAACACUUGCUGGAUAGCUGAGCGGCAGACAAACCCUCUCUAGCAUGAAGUGUGGCCACCUGUCCAACUUUAUCCACUCCUGUUUCCUUCUGAUAUCGAAUGAUGCCUGUUUAUGUUUGAAGGAACGUAUAAUUACAAAAAUUAGUUGGCCAUAUUAGAGCGAAGUCAGGGGUAUUUCAACAAAAAGGGCAAUUAUUUGUUUAUAUAUUCAAAAACACAUUGCUCCAGCACCUCAUUGAUAUUGUGGAAUUUUUACAUAGCACACGGACACAGUCUGCAGGAAGCCAAUUCACGUUAUCUGCGUAUACUAUUUUGCGGGGAAAAAAACAUUUUUUUGUCUUUUCUUUUUUUAAACUUUUUUUUAUUUGUAAAUGAACAGUCUGACGCCUCUAGAUUGCACAAACCUGUUUUUAAAAAGUAGUUUGAGAUCUGAUCUUUGAACAGACCGUCUGAAAGGUAAACUUGAGUUUUAUGCUCUUAUGCAUGUAAUGUUUUGGGCUAAAAAAAAACCUAACUAACCUUGUUCAUCAAGCUAAACUGGUUUACAAGGGCACAGCAUACAGACCUCUGUCCUCCUCCCCUCCCCAUUUAUUGCAGGCCCAAAAGGGUUGCUUUGAUUCUGGUUGAAAACUGUAUUUAUUAUUUUCUUCUGGUUUUCAGUUCUUUACACUUUUUUUUUAAAACUGUUUUAUUUUUGUUAUAGUUAUGUGCUCGUACCAUGGGAGAGGGCAGGCUCUCUGUGACCUGAUCUAUUUUGUCCUGUUCCAACAGAGGUUUAUAAAUCACGAACUCGGAUUAUCCGCUUUCCAUGAGUUUUCUCCUCCCUAUCCUAUAAAUCCGAUGAGAUUAUAAAUUCCUGGUUGUUAACCAGUUAAGUUCUAGAAAAAAGGAAGAGAACUUUUAAGUGUGUUCAAAAUCCCUCCGGUACUUCUGACUGAGCUUGAAAUGUGUUGCAGUAGUGGUAUAUUUAAUAUAGCCCUAUACACUCCUCCCAUCACUUGACAAAGGGAAUGAAUAUUGGUAAAUAGGCCAUGUGAAAAAGAAGCCUCUUUACAUUGUGCCAUGCUGCACAACAAACAAGUAUAUAAACCGUUACAUGAAAUAAAAGAAGAAUGAAGAUCCCACUUUUUGGGAACUUACAUUACUGAGGGAGUUAGGCCCCAAGAUGUAUGAUUGUGCAAAGUGUUGAAUACUAGGUGUUUCUAGAUGGAUGAGCAGCCUUCUUAAACGGACACUAUAUUAUCAGCAAAACAUUAGCUUAAUGAAGCAGCUUUGGUAUAUAAAUCAUGCUGCUGCUGCUGUCUCACUGCUCCAUUAUCUACCAUUUAGGACUUCACUUUGUUUAUGCAGCCCUAGCCACAUCUAUCUGCACAUGACUUACAGUCUUCAUAAACACUUCCUGUAAAGAGUCCUCUAAUGUUUACACUUCCUUUAUUGCAAAUUCUGUUAAAUUUCGAUUAUUAGAGAUAACAAGUUUAUAAAGUAAGUGAAGAUAUGAUUAUUAUUUUUUCAUGCAGACUGUGUCAUUUACAGCAAGGGGAGGUGUGGCUAGAGCUGCAUAAACAAACACACUGGAAGAGCAUUGAGCAGGGAGACUGCAGGGGCAUGAUCUCUAUACCAAAACUGCUUCAUUAAGCAAAAGUUGUUUUGGUGACUAUAGUGUCCCUUUAAAUAUGCAGGGUUUCACAAUGCUUUUACAUAAUUAAUUAUAAUGGCCACACCUGGAGACAUGGCAGAUGCCGUCUAGGGCUUGACACAUCAUCUUAUGCUGAGGUACUGCCCUGCCACUUCCACUAUAAACUGGGUAGGUAUCUUUUGUUUUUGAGGUAGUUUCCCCUUUAUGGUCCGAUGUACCAUCUGCCCACAUAGGGUAAAUCUCUGGGUAAAAAAAAGGUUUCAUAUGUGACUAAUGGAGUAAAAUGGGGACUACCAACACAGAAUAGGAUAAUAAUGCACCAUAUAAGAGAAUACAGUUGUCUGCAUUCUCAAAUAUCCAUUUUACCUUGUGCAAUGAGGCUCUCCAUGAUGGCCAAUAAAUUAUGCACAAGUCUCUGACUCACUGUUAUCAGAAGUGAGGGACCCUGUAUGUGACAUGUAAUUGGUAUAGAGGAAAUGUAAUCUCUUUGAUACAUUUCCUCCUUUAAUGCCUUUCUCAUCACUAACAUCGCAGCAAGUGUUGUGAGCUGAAACAUGGCACAAAGUAUUAAAUGUGAGGCAGUCACUAUGGAAACCAGUAUACACAUUCCACUGGUGACUUCUUUCCUUUGCUCCACUUUUGAGAACAUAAAAUGGCCUCCUCCAUUGUGCAACUGAUGAGCUGUUGUUGUUUGGAACCGGAUGGCAGUGCUCAGGGAGCAGCAUUAUUUUACUUGCUUUUUUUAUGGACUGAAGAUGGAGGCAUAGCAUAGAAUCAUUAGAAUUGUAUUCAUUCAGAAUACAUCAAAUUUCAAAAUAGACUGUAUAUAGUGAAUUAAAGAUGUUGAUGUAUCUGAUGUGUAGUGUAAGGUCAUGUAAAUUGAAGUAGUCAACUGGGGAUAAUCCACUGAAUGGAGCACUAAUUUGUCAGUAUUGUAAAGCUUGGUAUAUGCUGUUAAGGACAGCUUGUGCCAGGAAAACAUACUCGUUUUCCUGGCACUAUAGUGCCCUGAGGGUGCCCCCACCCUCAGGGUCCCCCUCCCGCCCGGCUCUGGAAGGAGGAAAGGGGUAAAAACUUACCUUUUUCCAGCGCUGGGCGGAGAGCUCUCCUCCUCCGAUCCUCCUCCUCCUCCGUCGCUGAAUGCGCAACUGGCGCUUCACGCAUAGGAAAGCAUUUACAAUGCUUUCCUAUGGACGCUGCGUGCUCUCACUGUGAAAAUCACAGUGAGAAGCACGCAAGCGCCUCUAGUGGCUGUCAAUGAGACAGCCACUAGAGGAUUAGGGGGAAGGCUUAACCCAUUAAUAAACAUAGCAGUUUCUCUGAAACUGCUAUGUUUAUAAAAAAAUGUGUUAACCCUAGCUGGACCUGGCACCCAGACCACUUCAUUAAGCUAAAGUGGUCUGGGUGCCUAGAGUGGUCCUUUAAGGUGUAUGUUUUACCAGUUGAGGAACUGGAUGUAUGUUGUGUUCUUAUGUUUCCAACCAUGUAAUUAUUUUGGCAAUAUCACUUUGACCAUAUUUUACCUUUGCAAAAGAUAGCCCCACCAAUACCCUCUGGUGUAAUUUUGAAAAUUCUGUAAAAUUGCAUUGAAUUUAGUUCCUUUCCUCACUUCUCCUUUAAAAUCUGCCAGAAUGUGUUGGCUACACAAUAUGGUAAAAAAUAGGUCACAGGAUUGUGAAAGGGACUUGUGAACUUUAACCACGAUUCAACGCUACAAAAGUAUUUUUAAACACAUGUAGCCAAGUGUAGGGCCUGCGGUAUUCUGUGGGUAAUUGUCAAUGUCAAGUAGCCAGACCAUGCAAUGUAGACUACAUGACUGCAAACACUUUUCCUAAAAGAUGUAUUCUUUUAAUAAAUAAUUUGUCAUAUGCAAAACCAUUAGACCAAAAGUGCCAGGCUCCUGUUUUCUGGAUAAUUUAUUUUCCUAAUCUGCCUUUAAAUUAAGAUGACCUUGUGUGUCGUUGGCUAUGCUGUAUUCACAUGCUGAGUGCACACAGCAAAAUACAGCCAGCUUCUUUUUGACUCAAUGCUGUAUUCAAAAUUGAGCAGAUAAUACCAGUGUUCUUCGUAUUGUAGGAAGCCAUGUCUGCAGAUUUUGGUCUGCAUGUCUCUGUGCCACCGCUCUAACUCUCUCUCCUUCUCUUUCAGAGGUACCCGAGGAGCUGUGCUCUCCCUGUUACACAGACCAGUAUGAACAAGAACACAUAAAGCCAGCCGUGAUCAGCCUCUUAUUGUCAUCAGAUGUGUACUGUAGAGCAUAUCGCAGGGCCCUUCCUCACGAGAGUAGUCCUCCUCGUGACAAUGCUGCACUACUUCUCUUGUUGACACGGAAGGGGUUGACACCAAUGAACCAGGGAGAGCCUGUGAAGACCAUUGACCUGAGGGAAAAACCCAUACGCAUGGUAGGAAAAUAUGGGAAGUAGUAUGUUCUUUGGUGGAAAUUACCUAUAGUUUUUACUAUCUGUGAAAUGUUGGGGGAUGCAAAAUAGUGUUACAUCAUUGAUGUCACGUGUCCUGCAUGUGCGGUUCAUGUUGUCACUGUUUUAGAUUUGGCACCUGUGCCCUUUUCUAUAUAUUUUACGGCACACUUUUAUACAGAGGUGUAUAAACCCGUCAGCCCAUUACUUGUGCAGCAUUUCCUUUUACAGUUUGUGGUGAUUCUGCAGGGCAAGGUCCUUUGUAAGCAAUUUAUUAUCUUUUAUUUCGCAUAAAACUUCUGGCAAUGCCCUACAGCAUUACUCAAUCAAUUGAACAAAAAUGUAAAUACUUAAAGGGACACUAUAAGCACCAAAACAACGUUGGCUUAACGUUGGCUUAGUUGUUUUGGUGUAUAGAUCAUGCCUCCGUAGUCUCAAUUAGCUUGCUGUUGAGGAGUUAAAUUGUUUUGCUUAUUCAGCCCUAAUAAACCUACUGUGCUGUCACAUCUUAUCAGGGCCGGACUGGGACAAAAAGUUGGCCUUUGCAUUUAAAAUCAGAGCAGACCUACACGAGUGGGUGUCUGGGGAGGGAAGGGGUAGGAGUUGUCAUCACUAAUCACAUGCACAUCUCUCUAAAGUAGGCAUGUCGAUGUAAUUCUCCCCCAGAGCGGAUAGGAUUCUUGUGGUGUUGUGUGUCUGCAUAGGGCUGUUUGCAUUAUUUUGUGUGUGGAAAAGGUUGUUGGUAUAGUUGACAUAUGGGAGUUUUGUUAUGUUUGUGUGUGUGUGUGUGUGUGUGGGGAUGUAUGGGGUGUAGAGUAUGUCUGGGGGGGCGGGGGGGCAUGAAAUGUAGAGGGUUUUUUUAACCACCCACGGGUUAGCCCCCCAUAUUGAGAAUUUUAACAAAAGAUUAUUCCAUUUGUUAGAUCUUUGUUAGAUCAGGUUUGAUCAACAAUUUUUUUUGUUAGAUCUACUCUAAAAUAUGCGAUAUUAAUAAUCAUUUUCAGGGGGGGCUAACCUGUAGCCAGCCCCACUCAACAAAAAUUUGUGCAAAAUGUUGUUGAUUAUGAUAGCUCUACAUUAGAUCAGGUUUGAUCAGGCUAAAUUUUUGUUAGCUCUAGUCUAAUUACUGAGAUAUUGCAUAUAUAAUUAGGGGGGCCGAAAUUUCCCCCCCCCUCAACUGAAAUUUGGACAAAAUGUUACUGAUUUUGGUAUAUAUUCGUUAGAUCAGGUUUGAUCAACUGUUUUUGUCGUUAUAUCUAUCACGCAAAAGGCGGUAUUUACUACCUAACUUUGUGGACGUGACUACGGGUUAGCCCCCCUCAACUGAAAUUUUUAUUUUUUUUAAUUGAUUUUGGUAGAAAUUUGUUAGAUCGGGUUUGAUCAACUGUUUUUUUUCGUUAGAUCUAUCACGCAAGAGGCGGUAUUCACUACCUAACUUUGUGGGUGUGACUACGGGUUAGCCCCUCCCACAGUCCGAGGGGAAAUAUUUAAAUGGAUUCAUCAUGCUGGUUAUUAGAGCUUGCUGUUAUUAGAGCUUGCUGCGGCCCACCGGGAAAUUUCACUGAUUGUAAGAUAAUUCUCAGGGCUCCCUCUUCACUGUCCUCCAGCUCCACUGGACCAUCAUGGAAUCAUGUAUCCCACCUCCCUGCCCACAGGUAAGAGGCAGGGAGAGAGGGAAUAAGUUAAAAUUUAAAAAAAAAAACUUCUCAGCCCCCCCAAAUUUACUUACUACCACAAACACACAACACCACAGACACAUGCUGCAUGCACUUCAUUAACACAAUCAUGCACCGCAUUACUCUGGUUAUACUUUCAUAUUCAAAUAUCGCUAAUAACUUCAGGCUGGGAAUAUGCUGGACUUUAUCACCUCAAUACUGUGCAUGUAGAGAAUAAAAAAAAUAUGGAAAAUGAUCUACACAUUGUGUUAGCAAAAUCCAUGCAAAUUCCUAAGUUAUUAUGUCACCUGUGGCUUGAUUUGAAAAUUUACUGGUAUUUAUGUGCAAAAUUAAAAUAAGAUUGUGAAUACCACAACUUGAAUGAUAGAUCUUAUGAAGAAAACAGUUGAUCAUACCUGGUUUAAAGUAUAUCCACCCCCUCCUCCUCACACUUUACACCCUUCUCCACUUUCUUCACCCUUUCUACCUUUGAAUUCAUAAAAUGUAACUGGAUGUAAAGCGUUACAAGUUAGUAAGCUAUGGGCAUCACGAUUUUGCAAUUGCGCUUGUACAUUCUAUUGUUAUCCUGGAUGCUAAUGCUGCCUUGACUUUGUUACUGCACAUAAAUGUAAACCAAAAAUUAAUUUAAAAAAAAUAAAGUAUAUCUAGAAAAAAAUUAAUUUAAAAUUCCAGUUGAGGGAGGGCUAACGUACUCACCUCUCCCCUGUAUACAAAAUAGGAUUGUGAAUACCGCCUCUUGCGUGAUAGAUCUAAUGAAAAAAACAGUUGAUCUUACCUGAUCUAAUGAAUAUCUACUAAAAUCAAUAAAAAAAAAAAAAAAAUUUUUUAGAUGAAGUGGGGCAAAACUGUAGACACGCCCACAAAGUUAAGUAGUGAAUACCGCCUUUUGUGUGAUAGAUCUAAAAAAAAAAACCAGUUGAUCUUACCUGAUCUAACGAAUAUCUACCAAAAUCAACUUUAAAAAAACAAAAAUUUCAGGCUAUAGCGUCACUUAAGGGUAACAGGGCACCAGGGCCGGACGGCUAUGACAUAAGCUAUUACAAACAAUUUAGGGACGUCCUGGCUCCCCACCUCACGAUCCUUAGUAACCACUUUAUGCAGGGUGGGGUGCCUGACAUGGACAUGGCGACAGCGAAUGUAGUACUCCUGCCAAAACCGGAUAGUGACGACACGCUAGCUCCGAAUUACAGACCGAUAUCACUCAUCAAUAUCGACCUCAAAAUCUUUGCUAAAAUAUUAGCAUCCAGACUGACGCCCCUUCUUCCGCGCCUGAUCCAUCCUGAUCAGGUCGGUUUUAUACCCGGACGUCAAUUAUACAAAAAUACUAGACGGGUAGUGGACAUGUUGUGGUAUAUGAUGGAGUCCAGAGCGCCUUCUCUAGCACUCUCUCUGGAUGCGGAGAAGGCGUUUGACAGAGUGUUGUGGCCUUACCUGUUCGAGCUGCUCCGCUUCCAGGGAUUCCCAGAACCAUUUAUAACGGCCAUACAGGCACUAUACACGGACAUGAGGGCACAAAUACUCAUAACAGGGGCGCGCAGAACACCGUUCACCCUGGGGAAUGGCACCAGACAGGGGUGACCACUGUCCCCCUUACUGUGGCUCUUGCCCUAGAGCCGCUCCUGCAGGCCAUCCAGCAGCACCCGCACAUUGCGGGAAUUGACGUCAAAGGCAUGACAUUUACAGUGUCCGCAUAUGCUGACGAUGUCCUGCUGACCCUCAGCGAUCCGUUAAACUCGCUUCACCACUUAACACUGCUGCUGGAACGAUUCGGGAGUCUAGCAAGCUACAAGAUAAACUACACCAAAUCGGUGGCGAUGCCUUUUCAUUUAGCAACCCCAGACAUGGAGCUCAUACGCAGGCAACACCGAUUAAAGAUAAACACGGAAGAGUUUAUGUACUUGGGGAUAUGCUUAACAGCAAAUCCAUCAUCCCUUUACGCCCGCAACUAUACACCCCUGCUGCAGACCAUCACCAAAGAGCUGGAACAGUGGACAGACAGGCCUAUAUCCUGGCUGGGCCGUGUACAUUCUAUAAAAAUGAAUGUGCUGCCGAGACUUCUGUUCCUCUUUCAGGCACUCCCGGUGAAAGUAUCCCGAGGGGAUCUGACAGGCCUACAGCGGGCAAUAGACUCCUUCAUUUGGCACACUAAGCGCCCGAGACUAGCGCGGACUCUCAUGUAUAGACCGAAACCUAGAGGGGGACUGGGACUACCUAAUAUAUAUACUACUUAGCGGCGCAGUUGACCCAAGUUAUACAUUGGCACACACCCCCAGAUAGGAGACGCUGGGUAGAAAUAGAAUCGUUGAUGACGGGAUGGGACCUCCCACAGUUCUUCAUCUGGGUACCUAGACCACAAAGAGCCAUUCUCAGAACCACAAACGCAAAGCAUGUGCCAACAUGAUUUAUCUUGCGGCCCGCAAGGCCCUAGCCCAAAAAUGGUCUUGCCCGUUUCUCCCACAAACAUCCCUGGUUAGGGCAAAAUUGCGAGAUAACUACUUAAUGGAUAAACUUACUGCUCAAGUGAGGAACACGCUGACAGCUUUCCACAAGGUAUGGGAUCUGUGGGAGCAGUACGACACAUAGAACCCGGGGCCGGGGCGUGGAGCGGCAUCCAAAAAUACUCAUAGACGGAGAUAGCUGAGACCCACUCUACUGCCAUAGACAUACCAGAUCCCCGACGGGUGGCAGAGACACCACCAACGAAAGGGUACCUAGUUACCAGAGCCUUUAUGCAAAGAGCAUCUACGAGACUGCUUUUGUCAAGACUUUGACCUAUUACAAAAAUAAAUAGAUAAAUAUAAAGAAAGAAAAGGAAAAAAAAAAAAAUUUACACAGGGCUCAGGUCCUUAAAGAUUUCGACCACUUUAUUUUUCUUAUACUAUCUUCUCUUUAACUCUCUUACUUUUUUCUUCUUUUCCUCUAUCCCACACAAGUUUCUUGUUAUGUACAACUGGCAGAAGGCAAAAGGGGCACUGAUGAAGCUUAACACAACUCUUUACCACUACAGUGGUCCUUCGAAGCCAAAGGCACACCCCGUGACUGAUAGUUCGCACUCUGUAACUCCACUAUAUAUCGUUCUGUCGGGGUCUAAUGUACUCAUUAAGGAACGGUCAUUGUUUGUAAGGCCAUUGUUGCGCCAGAAUGCCAGUGUAUGUUGUUUUAAAAAAAACAAAAAAAAAAACCUUGACUGACUGUGAACAAACCACCCAGUAUUGAAUGACAUGCUGCAUUUAUUAACCACUGCAUGUAUUAACCACUCCAUUUUCCUUUCUGUACCAUGUAUACAAUGUUAUCUUUACUGCAACAAGGCUUUUGCACAAGCCAUACAGUGUUACAUUGACACAGUCUAUUUCAUUGACAAAAAUAAAGAAUUUAAAAAAAAAAACAAAAAAACCCCCUAAAAUUUCAGUUGAGGGGGGGCUAACCCGUAGUCACGCCCACAAAGUUAAGUAGUGAAUAUCGCCUCUUGCGUGAUAGAUCUAAUGAAAAAAACAGUUGAUCAAACCUGAUCUAACGAAUAUAUACCAAAAUCAGUAACAUUUUGCCCAAAUUUCAGUUGAGGGGGGGCAGCCCCCCUUAAUUAUAUAUGCAAUAUCUCAGUAAUUAGACUAGAUCUAACGUAUAGCUAUCAUAAUCAACAACAUUUUGUAAAAAAUUUUGUUGAGUGGGGGCUGGCUACGGGUUAGCCCCCCCUGAAAAUGAUUGUUAAUAUCGUAUAUUUUAGAGUAGAUCUAAUGAAAAAAAUUGUUGAUCAAACCCGAUCUAACAAAUGGAAUAAUCUUUUGUUGAAAUUCUCAAUAUGCGUGGGCUAACCCGGGGGUGGUGGUUUUUUUAUUGAAUUUUUUAAGUUUUGACUUGGGUGGACAUAUUGGCAAUGGCCAAUAGAGGGCAUUUGUAAACCAAACAAACUAAACUGUCAAAAAGGGGUGGAGUCACCCUUUAAAAAGACACUACUGAAUGUUUGUUUUCUUUAUUACACACUUUGCUGUCUACCAGACAGCUACUAGAGGCGAUUUCUGCUCCGUGAAACAAUGCUGGAUGUCCUCACACUGUGCAUGCCCCAUUGGAAAGUAUUGAAAGGCCUAAUGCAUAUGCAUUAGGUUCCUCCUUGGCACAUAUGUUGAAGGAGGUGGAGGCAAAGUGAAUGCAAGGGAUAUUUAUAACGUGUGUGUGUGUGUGUGUGUGUGUGUGUGGUGGUGGGGGGGGGAGAUUAUUUUUAUUUAUAUGGCUGGUUUAGUUUGCAAAUAGGGUUUGUAGUGUGUGUGGGGGAGGGAGGGUUGGGGAGAUUAUAUAUAUAUAUAUAUAUAUAUAUAUAUAUAUAUAUAUAUAUAUAUAUAUAUAUAUAUAUAUAUAUAUAUAUAUAUAUAUUUAAAAAAAAAACAUUUUUAAUAAAAAUAAAAAGCUGUUUUAAUUUUGUGUUUAGUUCUUUUGCACAUUUGUGACAACUUGGCUGCCAAACCACAUGAUGAACCAACAGCAACAGAGCUGGCCAAGCAUAACAAUGUGGAUGCAUCACAUGGAUAUAUAUUGCAUAUAAAGAAGGGGGAGAUUUUCCAAUCUCCAGUAGAUCCACACAAUAUGCCUGUGAGAUAUAGAAUUCAAGCUUCAGUGUUUUCAGCAACUGUGAAGGGUUCUGUCACCACACAGUAUAAGACCUGGAGGCAAACAGCAUUAAAUUCUAGAAACUUGAGUAAUUUGACCGUGUGUAUAGUAAGAAUUAUGAGGAUUUUUUUUUUUGAUUUUUUUUUAUAUAAAUUUGAAAAAAAAGAACACCAGUGUGAUCCUUUAUGUGGCUUGACAUGCUGAUAAGAUCUGAAAUUGAACCAGCUCUACCAGGAGAAUGAUGAUAGUAGGUUGUGUAGGAAUAAUUAAAAAACAAAAACCAAAAAAAAUAAAUAAAACAUUUUUAAACUCUUCAUGACCAUGAAGUUAGUGGUGGUGACGGCUUUUAAAUCCUGUUUUUUUGCCAACCACUUAAUUAGUGGACUUGGCAAUAACUAAAGGGACUGCACUUACACGUGCUCAAGGAGAGAUAUGAUAGGCAGACAGAUUUACUUUCAUUUUUUUUUAAUGUCUGAAUUUAAGUCUGUAUAGAAACAGAACAAAGGAGAAUGUAGAACAGAUUUAAAACCUUUUUUUCCUGUUAAUCCAUAGUUUUGCUAGCAAAUUUGUCGGCAUAAUCUACAAUUUGUUUUUCAUGCAUUGUCUGCAUUGUAAAAACCAUUUAGAUGACGGAUAUUAAAUACACAUCUCUCACUUUAAAAGGAAAUACAUGUGUUGCUAAUUAUUGCAUUUUAUCAAGAACUGCAAUAAUUACAAUUGAAUGAUUAAACGGACAGGGGAACUGGACCCAGACCACUUUAAUGAGAUGAAGAACAGAUAAUUUAAUGACUUCUCUUUCAGCUGAAGAAAAAUUGAUUGAGAAUUGAACAUGCAUAGAACACAAUUUUGUUUCCAUAUAGUAUUACAUAAGAGCCAUUCUUACACUUUUGGAUUGAUCCCAUAUAUUCGAUUAACGAGCGGACCUAUUGACAUUGGAUAAUCUGCUUGGACACUAGCUUUAUCCAUGUCUGUUCAACGAUGAACAAACUGCCAGCACUGGGCAGGCAUUUAUGGCAUAUGCUCAGCACUCACAUUGGCAAGUCUUAUUCCAGUUCCUGGCAGAGUUUGCUGGGGAUUGUGGGAACUUUUUAAAAAUAUAAUGUAUGCAUAUUUUAUAAGAAUUAUCUAUAUAAUGCAUUAAUAAAUAGGCCUUGAACUUCAGCUGAUCUACCUGGCGAAUAGCACAUGGCUCUCGCAGCCUUUUUGCAAUCUGCCUGCUGAGCACUUUACCCUGAGAAAGCCAUAGUUGCUUCCUGUUUUGUUAUUGAUUUGUUUUUAUUCUGUAUCUGUAAAAGACUGUAUCCUUUUAAUUUGGGGUUCUCUGAAUCUGAGCAUUCUGGGAUCCGUGCUGCUAGCACAGUAUGUAGAUUAUUUCUGUUCCCGAAUGCAUUUCAACUAGAAUCUCCAUUUCAUGACCUCGGCUGUAGGAAUUUCAAAUCUUCAGUUACUGUAACUUUGGAUACUUUGUAAUCUCAUAAUCAAGGUAAAGUGGACUGAUUUGGAGAACAGUUUCAGCAUUGAGAUCCAAAGUAACUCCAUACCUCUUUAUUUAAACAAAGGCUCAAUUCAGGCUGUUCUUCAAACCAAUAAAGAAAAGUUAUUUCUGCAAGGGACAGCCUUGGGAGCAGAAUUUCAGUUGUUAUAAUGCAUAUCAUGCUCAGAAAGACAUGCAUUUUUAUUUUUGCAUUGGGUUAAAGGAACACUAUAGGGUCAGGAACACAAACAUGUUAAACCAAGUUUAGGUGGUUUCUCCUCCCCCUCCCCCCCCCCCACCUUAGCCCCCUUAAAAGUUAAUAAAACUAACCUUAUUUUUAGCGCAGGUCUGCCGGCAUAGGCCACGUCCCUUGGUGACAUCAGAAUUGCUGAUUUUUAUCGGCAAGAUGGCAGGGCCAAACAGUUUUGGCCCAUCAGCACCUCCUCAUAGAAAUGCAUUGAUACAAUACAUCUCUAUGAGGAAAAUUCAGCGUCCCCAUGCAGAGUGUGAAGACGCUGAACGGCACUGCUGCCUACUGUGCAGCACUGAGCCAGGAAGCACCACCAGUGGCUAUCUGAGGAGUGGCCACUUGGAGGUGUCCCUAGGGGCAAUGUAAACACUGCUUUUUCUCUGAAAAGACCGUGUUUGCAUGAAAACGCCUGAAAGCAAUGACUAUGCUCACCAGAACAAUUACAUUAAGCUGUAGUUGUUCGGGUGACACUAGUAUCCCUUUAAAGUAGCUGCUGCACAAAUGUCCUUAUUUGCUAUUAAAAAGAAUGGAGAAAAAUGUGCCAUUAUCGCACAAUAUCACAUUUCAGUUCAGGGACUAAUAAAGACCCUGCAAUCUGUUUUAUUUCUUACUAACUGAAGUAUUGGCAUUCUAAUUUCGGAUUAAUUACCCAGGAAUUCUAGGGUUGCCUUUGAUAUUUCUACUUAGCCCCUGGCUCUGACAAUUCAUUGGUUGGUUGUUUAUGGGGAUGUGGGCAAGGUGCAGGGCUGUUUUGGGGAUUUGUAAUUGUGACUGAAUGAUUUAUAGAACGGUAAGAAAUUUAGUAAAACCUGUUUUUGCAUCGAUGCUUACUGUAGUUUUCGGUACAUUAAUUAUGAAAGAACACUUCACACCAGAUAUUUUGAGCUACUAGUAAAGAGGGACACCAGGUUAGCCAAAGUAGAUGUAUUUGGAUACCAAAUGGAGACUGUUGCUUCGAAAACUUUCAAGGGGCUGUCUUGUCCUUUUUUUUUUUUUUUUUUAAACCUUACUAUAACAAGCAAGGUAAUAAGAAGUAUCAUUUGCGUAAGUAACAAACUCUUGGAUAUUUUUGGAACAUGCCCUUGGGUGUAACGGUUGAAUUGCAGUAAUAUAUGUAUAUUUCUGUUUGCAUUUAUAGAUUCUGUUAUCGAAGUUAGAUUUUGUUUGGUUGAAAUAAUGUUGGCAUAAAGUAACCAAAUCCACCCCCAAACCCCCCUCUACCCCAAAUCCAAUCUCAUUUUCUAUAGCAAGUCGAAGAAAGAAGAUUUCUAUAGCAAGAAGAAGAAACUAAGUGAAAAGUUUAGGACUGGGUGUCAGAGAUCAUAAAUACAGAUCUAAAGCUCUCGGUUUGCUUUACAAUCGUAAUAACCAGAGCACAGUACAAUAUAUUAUAGAAAGAAGUGUGUUGUCAAAUAUAUCCAGGAAUUUAACAUAUGCUAUUAUUUUGUAUGUAGUUAAAGUAUGAUCAUGUUUAAACAAGAGAUUAGAUUGUGUACGUGGAGGUUAGUAAAUGUAUGAUCUACUACAGCAUAAGUAGUAGUGGAUCCAUUAAACAAUGUUCAUAUGAAACUGGCAAAACUUGAGUAGGUGACCUAUGUAAACCAGUUGUCAAACUGACAAAGAGGAUCAAUUUAAAGGUUUUAAAUGAGGGUGGGGCCAGGGGUGGGGCUGUUCUGAUAGAUUUUCGGUGACCAACUAAUAAUUUUAUGCAACUGAAAAGUAAUUUCGAAAAAGAACAAUUUAUCUUAUUUACACAGAUGGAUUUAUUAAACUUAUGUAUUGUAAUUUAAAGACACAUUACUGUGAGUAUUAUUGCUGUUGAGCUUUGUUAUACACUCAGACUCACAAACAAUAGGGAGUUCCUAAAAAAAAGAGGGACAUUAAGAGAGAAAGAGGCAUAGUGGGAUCUGGGCCUCGAAUCGGGACUGUCCCUCCUAAAUAAAGACGUUUGGGAGGUAUUUAUCUCACUACUCAAUUAUGACCUAGCAAAAUGAGUUAUUAUAAACAUUAACACCUUAAGGACACGACACAACUUAUACUGACGGAAUAUUCCCGUCAUGUGUCCUUAAGGGGUUAAAGGGAUUCUAAAGCAUAAAGAAUACAAAGUUGAACACUAUAGUUCCUUCUGGAGCCUCCUGCUCAGCACAUAAAGGGUUAAAAUACUCUUUUAAAACUUACUCUAUUACAGCACUGACCUCCCUCACCGUUGGGUUGUCGCUCAGCCUCCCUCAGACGUCAUCCAAUGAGGGUGGCUAAUGUACAUACGCGGUGAGCACAUUAAGCAAUCCCUGUAGGAAAGAAUUGCUUCAUUGCUAUGGGGUUUUCACACUAGAUUGUGAGGACGUCCAGUGUCAGGCGACAAAACGUCGCUUAACCAUCAGGAUGUACAUCUAGUGGCUGCCUGACAGCCACUAGAGGCAGUCUUAGUCCUUCAAUGUAAUAACUGCAGUGACUUAAUAUGCAGGACUAAGAGGGACAGUGCAGUGGUCUGGGUGCCUAUAGUGUCCCUCUAAUGGACAUACAAGCCAUUCCUUGUCAAAAACGAAGGAAUCAAAGAAUGCUCUGAAUAUGAUAACCGUCUAAGAGAGUGUGUUUUACAUAGGGAAUCUACAAAGUAAACAUGUAUGUUUAGGCCAAUCUGGCACAUACAAUUAAAUAUGUUGAUACACUGGAAUAUUACCUGAAACCCCAUUUCCUUCCCCCACAGGCUGCCCACCAAGCUGUGAUUGAAGGUCUAAUGACGGUGUACUGUCUCCAUUGUGUCAAGCCCCUCUCUUCAGGAGCAGAGCCUGUUCUAGCUACCAUGGAGAUCAAGCUUCUUGCGUGGAUUGAUAAGGUAAAUUAUUUUUCACCCUUGUCUCCAAAGCUGUUAUUCCCCUCCUCAAGUAGCCACAUCUCAGAAUACAUCUAGCUCCGUUUAAACAUAUUGCUGAAUCUUCACGUUUGUUGUUUUGUUUUCUCUGUCUUUAGGUAAAUCGGCAGCUCCUGGAAGAGGCUGAGCAGGAGCAGGGACGAAAACAGUUACCUGUCUCCGAUGGGCAGAACCAGGCUGGGGUAAGUUUGCAGUGACCACAAUGACCACAAUGGUUUGCUUUAUUCAACUGUAGAGAGGGGAGCAAUAUGAUGAUGGUUUAUAACAAAUAAUAUUUUGCUGAAUGAGGAUUGAUAGUUUCACUAUGGGUUCCUUCUUAUGGGAGAUUCUUUAACAGAGAUAAGCAGUCAGCACCUCUCCGACCAUUGCAUUAUAAUCUCCACUGUCCUCUGUACGGUUAACUCUCUAUCAGCUGGUGGGUAGCUCUUUUCCAAGCUUGACUGUCUGUUUUAAAAGAGAUGACAUCAGCAAAAUUAAUUGUAACACCAAGUUCAUUCUCAGAUGGCUUUCCUGCCAAAAAUUUACAGGAUGAGGUGUGCUCCUCUGUGGGUUGAUAUUAAGGAUGUUAGAUUUUAUUUCCCAAAUCCUCCUGCUAGUCUUCAUAGAUACUGUUAAUGGUUAUAAAAUUUUUGGAAAAGUGUUUAUUAACUCCAGCUAGAUGACUUAUGUCUAAUGAGAAAUUGGGUCCUGCUUGCCAGGCUCUGUCAUGUGCUGUAUCUUUAAAUGUGUAUCAAGCUUCUUUUAUCCAGUGCUAAUUAACCAAUUGUAUUUCUAUUAAUGUAACUCGAUUAUUGUGUGAUAGCACCUGUAUUUCAUUCAAUCUGCCUAUUCUCUCCCUUGCCUAUUCUCUCCCCAUUCAUUAUCCCUCUGAUCUACACCCUUUCUCUACUAUACGUCUCAUUCUACAAUUAUAUUCUUCUACUUCUUAUCAUUCUCCCUACUGGUCUUUCUUCUUCCUGCACUUUUUGCUUGGUCAUGGUUUUUCUCUCUGCCUGUCUCAUUCUUUGUCUUUCACUCCAACCCCCCCCUUCCCCUUCCCAAUCCCCCUUUUUUUCUCUCUCCAGUGCCCCUCCCGCUGGUACUGGAAACUAGUCCCUGUAAGUGGCUUUUUCUAUUUUUCUGUUUCAUUAGCCCCCUCUAUUUCCAGCCUGCCAGUUUCGCGCCCUUCUUUGUCGCAUCAUUAAAGCUGCUGCCUGUUCAGCAACUGUUCUAAGUUUUGCAUGCAAACAACGUGAAGAUGUGGCCUGUAUCCUUGGCAAAGGAUUGUGGGAUAGUAGAAAGUUUUUUGUUUUUUUUUUGUAUUGGUUUGCUUUACUUUUUCCUGUAUUGUUUUGAGGGGGCACUUUGUGUGAAUCCAAGUUUUGUCUCCAUUAAUCUUAAAUAUUAUUGUCUUUUCCUUUUAUGAUUUUCUUUAUAGUUAAUGUCCAUUAUUCUUUGUCAUUUUUUUCUUGCAUGGUGCUUUCAUAAUUCCCCUCCAUUUACCACUUUUUUCCCCAUUAUUUUUCAUUUGUUUUGUCUUUGUUUCCGUAUAUCCCAGAAUCCUUUGCAAAUUACUAGUGUUCUGCCUCGCCUCUUACUUACUAUAAGUAUAAAAUAUGGCCAUUUUCAUUCUAAUUAGUCAAAUUCAUUUACCAUGAAAGGCAAUAUAAAUAAAGUAUAUUAUUUACCUCGAUUGUUUUGUAAAACUAUGUGGUGCCACUCUGACAAAAAUGCCUUAUGGUUUCAUGAUUUAAAAAAUUUACUGCGUAGCAUUUAGCUCUUGAAGAAAACCAGUUACUCUAAAACAGGAAGUAACAUUUCUGACAUUCAUGGGGAGUUCAAAAUGAUUUUUCCAGGACUGUCUCAUUCACUCUCAGGCACUUGACGUUUAUUCUUCGCUGUUUUUACUGGUGCAUAGUGAUUCAGUGAUUUUCUACAUUACACAAAAUUUUAUUAAAUUAAUGUCCCUGCCACUGGAUGUUAUAUCUCUGGAAUUGAAUUACUUCCUACUGCUGUAGUUUUCAACCCAACCUCAAAGCAUAGAGAAAAUACACAGUUCAUGAUUAAAGAAUUAAUAAAUUCUGUGCCAAUGGAGAUACUGACAAAACCUGGACCACUGGUGUGUCUUGAGGAAUGAGUUGAAAACUGGUGGCCUCUAAACAUAAUGGGCUUCUUAAAUCAUUUAUAUAUAGCUUUACUUGUUGUAGUGAUAUAGUUUAUAAUUCUGCUAAUGCAAGGGAAACCGGUUAAAUGCUUUACAGGCCAAACUUGCAAUGUAGUAAAUGUCUCAUAUUAAUAACACCGUUUAAUUUAGCCAUUCAAAUAUGCAGUAAUAUCAAAUGUUGCUACCCCUUUAACUGUUUUAGCACAGUGCAAAUUCUCUCUUUAAAAAAAAAAAAAAAAAAUCUGAAGAGUUUGCUGUUCAAUAUGAGCCUUAUAUACAGACUGCUAUACGAAAAUAGUGUCCAGAAGCUCUAAUGGCACAGAUGCCAACUCUGUAAUUAAGAACAUGGCUGGUCUGAUCGCAUGGCCUAUGCCGUCAAUUUGUAGUUAUGCAUAACCACAAUUUAAAAUGUGCAAGUGCUUUUUUUUUCCCAGCCUCCCCAGAUAUUUUGUUAUUGUUGAUCACAGUGCAUUGAUUGUUCCAUAAAAGGGGAUUUGGUCCACUUAACCAAAAGGCAACAAUAUUUUUAAUACAUUUUUCCUUGUAUCUUUUAGUGGUAAGAGGCGAUGCUUUAGAAGAUAUUGUAUCCCUUGAGCCCUCAACAGCUCAAUUGCUGCAUGUCUCUAGUUGUUGUUUUAUGUUCAUUAAUACAUGUUUUUGUGUAUAUCUAUAAUUCCCCUGACCAUUUUUUUUGCCAGAGCGAGGUAAAGUGUUGAAGGGGUUUAAGCAGUUUAUUUUUCUUUUUCAAAUUUACAUUCCAAGGUGUUAAUUUUUCAGAAACCAUCCUUUUAAAGUACAGAUGGUGUCAUUUAGUGUGCAGGCUGCCAAAGCCUCAUUUUCAUUGCUAUGGAAACUAAAUAUCUCUAGUCUUCAUUUUCCUCUUUUUCCUGAGCACCCUGAAGUUUUCACUCCCCCUCAAUUUAAAUUUGGGAGAUUUUUAGGAAAUUAAAUUAAAGGUAAUGUGGAGUAUUGGAACCUUGUUAUUCUAAACGUAGGUGGCAACACUGAGAUGCCAGGAAGGGAAGUAAAAAUAUUCAUGUGUCCGAACUACCCUUGCCCCUUAUAAGCACGCAAGAACUGAGGGCAUACAGCUUGGUAAAUGUUAUUUCCUAAUGCAGGCUGAUACCAAACCAGAGUUCUUCUUUAUACUCACUUUUAACACUGUUAGCGGUCGAAACGUUGAUUUUAUAUGCGUUUGAUUUAAUAUAUUUUUUUGUUUACUAAAUCCAAUGAGUGCUCUCAAUUUGUUCCAUUUGUGUGUGUGUGUGUGUGUGUAUGUAUGUGUGUAUAUGUAUAUGUAUGUGUAUAUAAUAUAUAUAUAUAUAUAUAUAUAUAUAUAUAUAUAUAUAUAUAUAUAUAUAUAUAUAUAUAUAUAUAUAUAUAUAGUCAAGUACCAACAUGCAUAUAGUAUCGAUCAGACCAAUUAUGGACUUUGGUCUAAGUGAAAACUUAGUGUCUGGAGUGCCAAUCCCAUAAACCUGUAUCAGUAGUUUUAUGAAAGUGCCAACAUAUUCCUCAUUGUCUGCAGCACUGACAAUGGGAAAGGUGAAAAAACUUACAAUAUACACAGACCAACACAAAAGGGAAAGUGUGCCCUGCCCAUGAGCUGUGGUCUAGUCAUAGAAGCUCUUUGAAACCAAAAUGGAAUGUCACACUCAUUUAAAGGAGGAAGGUAUGUGUCCAGGUGCUAAUUAAGUAAAUAAAUUCCCCCAAAUCUAAAUUACUAACCAAUUUGAGCACACUAUCUAAAACACAGAAUGUUCCCACUAUCCUGGCUCUGCCACUAAAAGUUACGCCAUUUGAAUAGUACACUACUGCUUUAACCCCUUCCCCUCUGUAUCUCUGUCUCUCAUUCUGUCAUUCCUUCUAUACUGAAUCCCCUGACUCUCUCCGUUGCUCUUUUCUGUUGCAUUUAGCAUGCCAUCGCUUUUUGUUUAAAGGAGUCUGGGAAUAAGCCUCCCGUGGUAAAGUAUUGUGCACGCCUGCAUUUCGGAAAGCCUUUAUUGGUUUAUUUUAAACUUUUAUUUUAUUAUAUUUUUAUUCUAUCAAACCUGUAUUUCUUCCAUUUAUUUAAACUAAGAAAUUUAAAAAUGUAAACAAAAUGUAUUGUGGACGGUCUGAUAUUUCUCAAAAUCUUAAGCUUUCUUGGAUAUUCCUUAUGACCCACACCCCUGAUACAGUUGCCUAUACGGCUUAGUUAAUCAUAUCAAAUAUAUUUAACUUCAUGUGUCCCAUUAGCUUACAUUACAUCCUUUGUACUGGUAUCAGGGAUGACUGGACAUUGGCUUGGAAUUGGUGACUUCAACUUUUUGAGUGCUUCCACAGACCUAUAGGUAUCAAUGACCCUUUUCCUCAGGACUGUUUGGCUAGUCACUAGAAACAAUAACAAAGGUCUGUAAUGAACCAGCUCCUUCUGUCCCAUACAAAUGCUAAAUAAGGCCUGGUGCAGUAAGAACUAAAACACAUUAAUGGCAGAAACGUUGUGCUUGUGAAUAUUAAAAUGUAAUGUUUAAAUCCCAGAUGAAGAACAUGGGAUUACACAAUGUUGUCUCCACUCCCCCUGAUGUUCUGACCCCACCAUACGAUAUGUUUUUCACAAUUACAUGCCACGCACGUUCCUUGUAUGUUUGGUAAACUUGAAUGGCCAAGUGCCCAGUACACAGAGAAACUGCUUACAACUACCUAAUGGUAUUCCCAAAAUGGCUCUCCUCUAGGGUUGCAUUGUAUCCAAAUUUCCUGGCAGCAAAAAAAAAAGUUUAGCUGGAUUCACAGCAAUUCUUGCCAAAAUCUGUGGGCAGGGCUCUGAUCUUUCAGAAUAGGAUCUGUAAUUUGGAAUUGCUGACAAGGGAAAGGGUGAUUUUGUGAGAGAACUUGUACUAGGACAUAUAUGCAUUACAUUCUGAAGGUUAUGAAACCUGUUCAAUUAGAUGUUACCGCUAUCAGACCUGUGAUGCACAGAUUCCCAAAACUCCCCUUGCUAUGCACUGCACACAGUUAACUUUGGUUCCAAAUUCUGUGUAUGAUGUAAAUGGUCAAUAUAUAAUUAAACAGAUAACUUGUUUUUAAGUUUUCUAUUGAACAGUAGCUUGAAUAUAGGUCAUGUUUUCUUUUGAUCUGUAUGUUCAAGGCAGCACUACAUUUCCCUAGAUGUUGGAGAUAUUCAUCAUGUAAUAUGGACACCUUGUGGUGGAUGUUGUUGUUGCAGCUACUGUGUGAUCCAAAAACAGACUGGGGUUCUAUGGUAUCCAUGCAGUGUCACAAAUCUUGCUUUCAAAGCCUUUUCUUUUUCUUCUAGCUUUCUUAGCCUUCCUCUUGGUCUGUCUUUGCUGCCAGGAUCCCCUCUCUACACACUUUGCCUUCCUUUUAAUUUAGCUUCCUGAUCUACCAAAAUAUCUUAUGCAUGUUUUAAUUUAUUGUUUUAUUCUGCCUUUCCCUUUCUUUUUUUUUGUCUGCCAGUUCUCUUUAGCCCUCCCAUCUGUCUCUGGUUUGCUAAACUUUGAUUAGAAUGAUCAUGGAUAACCAAUAAUUCAGGGUUCUAUAAUCUUGGCUCCUUUUCUCUUUUAACCACUUUAUUAAUGAUCCUGCAAGGAGCAAUGAUAGCCACUUGUCUUUGUGGGUGGCACGAAAUUAGAUGAUGCUCUUUAGUCUUAACAGAAUGUACAGCAAAGAGAUUCGAAUAGUUUAAGGGAUUGAUAGGCAAGUGCCAGAUUAGUUUCAGUGUAGACAGCAGACUAACAGAAAAAAAUGAGAAGAAAAUCGGAUUUAAAAUCCACCUCCAAUAUGAAGUACAUUUUUUAGCUUUUUAGAACAUUAUGGAGGAAUUAAUAAAGGAAAGUAGUAGACCAUUUUAAUUCUAAAGAAAGUUAAUAAAAUCAGAUAAUAAUGCAUUCACAUAAAAAAUUGUGCAGAUAAGGUUUACAAGCAGAGAAAUCCAUGAAAGCAUCUUAAGAUGGCACAUUUUUGUAUGUUUACAAAUAGUUGCAAACCUGACCAGCUAAAAGAAUGUCAAUAGCCGCAGCCCAAAAGUAUGACCGUUCUAAAAUCAACUGGCAGAAGUUGUAGCUAUAGCAUUAGAAAAGACAGAGGGUAAACCAAGCUGCUAGGUAAGUUGUGAAUGUAACCACAUAACAUUGAAAGGAAUUUUACCUUAAACAAUGUACAACAAGAUUUCAUAUAAUUACUAACAAAUAGUUUAUUCACCAUAAUCAGGUAAUUGUAGGCUACCAUUUUGUUUGUGUCCCUGCAAACUGGGGAUCUGUUGUAACAAAUUACAUAUAAGCUAGCACUUUAUAGAUAUCACAUACAUGCCUUCUGACACGAAACCUAAUGUUAUCAAAAUAAUUCCUUUAUUUUCAAUAUUUGUAUUGGAUUCUGCUUUCCUUCAUCUUUUUAUAUAAUUGGUACUUCCAGCCUGAAAUGUAGUCUCCUAGAUAGAUAAAAUGGCUGCUACUGGCCUUACCAACCUUGUAUUGCUAUUUUGCCAUAACUAAUUACUAUUCUAUAGUUGUAUCAAAUUUAGUUAAGGGAAACACACAAUAGUCUGGUGGCAGGUUAAUGAUCCUAUUUUUUAUUUCACCUUUGGCUAAUUUCUGUAACUAUUGAAAUAUUACCCAAACCGCAGAUGGCUUGUGAUAUAAUAAACGUGAAAAUGGAUCCCAGUAUGGUUCCUCUCUCCAUAGACCAGGAUACUAGUCCAGUAGAGAUUUAUUCACGUGGAAACAGUCUAAUUAAUUGCUGAGUGCACCGCUAAUGCAUGACAUUAAGUGCCUUCACAGCAUGAUAAAGAUGUGCACAUAUGUAGCAAUCGCCUUAGUUAACACAUUACAGUUGGAGAUGUCUGUAUUAGAGGAGAUUGAAAACUACACUGAUUUGAAUGUAUGUAGACAGACCAAACUCAAUUGGGGUUAUUGUUGGGAAUUCAAAAGGAAUUUCAAAUUUAAGACCAAACUAGCCAAACUGAAAACUGAAUUGACUUUGGCCUGAAAUUCACUGUGAAUUGUCUUUAAUUCUCCAUUUAGAAAAUAACCCUGCAUUUGUAGUAGUCAUGUUCUUGAUCAUACCCAGUGUCUUUCUGCUUCACCCACAUAUUUACUAAUAAGAUGAAAGUGAUGAGAUCCAAAAGUUGAGGAAAUUGAUUUAUGGAAAGUGAACUAAGUGAUAUUUAGGAUCCAAACAUAUAUAGUUAAUGGCUAAUUGGGUAAACUGAUAGCCCAGGUUCUACUAUUCCAUGGUGAUUAAAAAUAAAUAAAUAAAAAUUCUGUUUAAUAUUACCCAAACUCAGUGCACAAGUAGAAAAGAUACUAAUUUCUAGUAUUACUACAAUGUGUGCCUAUCACAGAAUUUUUUUUUAUUGCUUUAGCCGUCAUUAAGCUGAUGGCAACCACAAUGUGGCUGAUAUCGGCUUAGGCAAACGUUUCCUUAAUACUGUCUAAAAGGAUCUGCUGCUAUAUUGGGGAUAUCCUCCACUUGCAAUAAAAAUAAUCAGAGUGUAUAAACCGGAAAGGAACAUUGAUAUUUUUGAUAGUUUUUCAGUACAUCAUUAAUAUCCAACUUAAAGGAGAUCGGUCAUCCCCCGCACCAAUCCACUGACAUUAUAUCUAUAAAUCGUGCUAGUAGUUUCUCUAGCAAACCUUUAUAUUGUUCUCCAACCUGUCCACCAUUUCAGACUCUCUAUGCCAAAGAAUUGGCAUGGAGAGCAGAACAGGGACCUCCAGCAAGUGGUCCUUUUACUCUCCACGCAUAGUAACCACUGCACAUGCACUGUGGUUGCUAUGGUAACUCCCAACCUAGCUCUGCUAGCGCUGGCUAGAAAGUAAAGGAAGAGAGUGACUGACACCACUCUGUUCAGACGUUGGUAACUAAGCCUGUAUGUUGGCAUCAUGGAGGUUUGCCCUGCUUGGUGUAGCGUCACCAAGCAAGGAAAAUAGGUGAAGACCAUGGGAGGAUCCUGGGCAGACUGGAGGUGGGUGUUACACAAGUGUAACCCAUCUCGGUAAAGAGAUUAUGGUAGCCGAGGGUCAGGUAAGUGGCCGGGCAGCCGAGGGUCUGGUAAGUACCCUCCAGACACCUAAAGCACUUCAGCUUGCUAAAGAACAUUUUGUGAACAGCUUUUUUCAUUUUAUUAAAUGUGCAGAUUCCACUAGAAAUUAGCACUUUUAUAAAUUACCCUUGUUACAUCUCCCUGGCUGUCAAUAGGACAACUGGUCUUGUUACUUCCUGGUAUUUUUAACUAAGUGGAACUAAACUCGACAUACAGAAAUGGCCCAGAUCACCUGCCUUGCAAAGACUUCUCAUUGAGCUGCAUUGGAAAGUCUGAGAUUGGACUGUAACAAAAAAAUACAUAAUUAAAUGCACAAUUUCAUUUAGUAUGUCUUCUAAACACUGAUAUUUAAUUAUUUUUGUAUUUGGACAGUGGAGUGCCACUUUAAUGGUGGUUUUAUAAAUCUUGAAAGGAUGGAAAUGACUAUUCUAUUCCCUAGAAAACAUGCUUAUUUAUAUUAUAAAAGACUGAAUAAUCUGUUUUGCAUUUCCCAUUGGUAUGAGAGAUGUACCCUUUUGAUCCUAUGUUUAUAAAAGGAAGAAAACCCGGUUUGUUAAAUGCACUUCUAUAUUAUUAUUUUUUUUCCCUCUGGAUGUUCCAUUAAUUUCUCAGUUGACACAAUUAUACCAAUUUUGUGUGCCAUUCAUCUAUAUUUUCAUUUUAUUUGUAUUAUUUUGCAGCUUGCUGAAUGCACCUAGAGAGCAUUUAUUUGUGUGUACACACCCUUGUAGUGGUUGCAUGUCAUGUUCAGACAGUGUCUUGUAUUUUGUGUGAGGAUUAACAUCUGACAGACACAGUAGAGUAUGGAUAAAGCACACUGGAGUAAUAAAUCUAGAUUUGAGUACUACACCCUGUAUAAGUGAUGGAGGUAAAUGAUAAAGGCUUCUCUAUAAUUAGAGGAUUUAUGAAACAUUGGAGAAGGGGUGUGGGGGACAGCAGAUGUCUCUGAACAAUCUGAUGUGUCAAUGUAGUGCAAUAGUUCCAUGGGAGGCCCCUAGAUCUUUAUGGUUUAUGUGCUGGUGGGUUGUGGGUGUAAACAAUACAGUAAUUAUUGUAGAUCUGAGCCAGGCUAAGGGUCAUUAGAUAGAUUCUGAGGGUAUUAAUCACUUAAACCUCCAGUAAUUUAGAUCUGGCCCAUGCACCUAGAAUAUAGAGGGUAUUCAGAUUGUGUUUUGUAGAAAUAAUAAGUGUCCGUUCACUCCUAAUAUCUUUGCAGAUACGUUAUCGGAAGGAUAAAGCACUAUCUAGACAGACACCAUGCUUCACAGCAGUCUCAUCCCUGAGGGACCUAUCAAAUGGGAGUGCCCUGGCAGCUACCAUCCACUAUUACUGCCCCUCAGAACUCAGACUGCAAGGUGAGUGAGUAGUACUGUGAAUUUUUGUACUUUACUGAAUUAUACCUCAGGCCUUGUUGCAGAAUGGUAGACUUGCAUUGCAUGUUUUGUCUAGGAUUCUAGUAUAAAAUAUGUUCCUUAGGAUUAAGAUUUAAAAAAACAUCUAAAUAUAGAUAUCUAUAGAUGGAUAGAUAUGCUUGUUACAGUAUCCCAUUAAUGAUACUCUUGUACUGUGUUUGGACACUUUAGGUGCCCCAUAAGUAGGACAGCAAAAGACAUAAGCCGUACAGGGAGGGGGUUUUGUGUGAGGAGGUUGCCAAUGGUCUUGGAGGUGUGGUGGUGACUGCUUAUGAUGUGUGUGUGUGUGUGUGUGUGUGUGUGUGUGUGUAGUUGGCUUUUGGUGGUGGUGUGUGUGUUUGUAGAAGUCUGUCUGUGGUGUAGUGUGUAGAGGAGGCUGUUUGUAGUGCUGCUUGGUUUUGAAGGGAAGGGAGUUAGAACAACUUUAUAUUUAUUAUGGCAUUCUAUAAAUUAACAGUAAUCAGGCCCAAUAGUUUAGAGUUUGUUAUAAACACAAACAAAAAAUAGUGUACAGUAGUUUGUUUCUUCUUUGUGGGGUUUGAUGAAAGUUUCUAAUGCAUAGAACAUCCCUAAAUUUCCACCGUGUUUCUUUGUUUUCUUUCAGAUGUCUGUUUGAAAGACACCAUGUCAGUAGCAGAUAGUCUCUAUAACUUGCAGCUUGUGAGGGAAUUCUAUACUCAGCAUCUACCCCCCUUUUGCCCUCUGUCCUUGGAAGAUCUUCUGUACGUGCCCACUGCCCUGCGGGUGAGAAGUUUUUUUGUUUUUGUUUGUUUUUUUCUCCUUUAUCUUUAGAUUUAUGUGAAUAGAACCUUACCUUAAUCUGUUUCUGUUCUCUCUCAUUCUCUAUUUCAGUUGAAUCUUAUAUCUCUGUUGGCUGAAUUGUAUUUGUGUUUCGAAGUGACCAAACCGGAGUUUGUCCAACCCAAAGGUAAGUAAAGUUGGCUAGGAGACGUAUGGAAUAUAUUUUGAUCCUGUAGUGUGUGGAUUGGGGUACAUAAUGUGGACGAUUAAAGGGUAAUUCAGAGGUAAAUUUAUGUGCACAUGGGAAUUUAUAACCAGGCCAUGACCAAUGUGGAUUAUACAAAUAUGUAUUGUAAAAUCUAAUUUAAUUCAAUCUUUUGAUUUCCAAAAAAAAACAAAAAACUGCAUAGGUUAUUACUACUAAAAUAAACAGACUUGUUGGGCAGCCGUUUUUUAAUAUAUAUUUUUUUUAUAUGUGGGAAUCUGAGCUUUACAUUUACAAAUGUAUAGGAGCAGCCCACUUGCUUUAUCAAGAAUAGGGGAAACCUGGAAUUGUAGCUUCUAUUUGUGUAAUGUAAAGCGAGCAUGUGUGCUUGAGUUAUAGAUUUUGAUGAUGGGUGCAGGUUAUGACAUCAAGCAGGCCCUUGUGUAAAUAGUCACUACAGCAGCUAAAAAAAACAACCCUCCUCAACCCCCCAAAAAAACUAAACAAACAAAAAAACAACCUAUCACUUCUGUUUCAGACUUGAACACACCCAAUGACAGUUCCACUCCAACGAGCGCAAACAGUGGAGGGUAUGUAUUAACUGCAAAUACAGACUAAUAACUAGUAUUUCCAUUCGGCGGCAUUGAAAGAACAGUCUACAAUAGAUGUUUUACCAUAGGUAGAACAUAAAGACAUCCUUAGCAACAUACAGCCAGGACUUGCAUAUUGGGUUUUUAUAGAGAUCAUUUUACAACUUUCAACAAAUUCACACAGUCUCUUCGUUCUAUUCUUUCUUGCCUAAAGUUUACUCAGUUUGUCUCCUGUCAUCCAUUCCUCCUUGUUGCAUCACAUUUUAAAUAUGAUCUCCGUUUUACUAAACAUGGUCUGUGACAGCAGUUAAGUAAUAUUUGACCCAUCUAGUUUGGCAAAGUUAUAAAUAUUUAUUUAAGCAGGAGAGGGCAUACAAGGGAAGAUCAAUCAGGACAGAAUAUUACAUCCAACACAAAAGCUGCAAAAAUAUAAAAUUCCUAAAUCACACAGGCAACCAAUUGAACAUACGUGCAUCAAAACCAACAUACAAAAGAAAGCGAAAAAGGAGAAGACUUAAGCAAGGAAGAAAUGCUAGAAAUGAAAGGUUAAGGAGAAUAAGGAAGGGGUAGGAGGGAAAGCGAGAGAGGAGGUGGAUGAUGUCUCUCCAAGAACCUCAAGCAGAGCAUUUUGGGGAAGCUUGUGACUCAAAGAUAAAAAGGAUGCAUAAUGGGUGUCCCAUUGCAGCAGCUCCUAGCUAUUUGGCUUCACUUUCAUUAUUUGCCAUCAACCAAUCAACAUUCAUGAACAUGCAAUCAAUGUGGGAAAUAAAAGAAAAAUAAAUCUAAACAAAUGUUAUGUUGUUUACACAUUACUGUUUUGCUUCUGCUCUUUCAGUUCAUUUCAAGGACAUCUUCAUGCCCUUCAAAUGUAAUUUUCAGUGUUUCAUUUUUGCUCCAAUAAAAUAACUGUAGUUUAUAUGUUAUCAUUCAUGGUUAUAUUAACCUGAGAGGCUGCAGUGCAAAGCUUUCGGUGCAGCGUGAUUCAGCUCUUACAUCUCUGUUUUCCGAACCCUAAAGUGUCCCUCUGCCCUUGGGUCAAACUCUGUGAAACUACAGUAAGUACCUUUCGUAGUCGUCUGGUGGACAGCCUCUAGAGGUAGUCUUAGCAUUGCAAUGUAAACAUUGCCGUUUCUCUAAAACUGCAUUGUUUUACAUUGCUGGAUUAAGGGUGAUAGGAACACUGUACCCAGAGCACUUCAACGAGAUGAAGUGAUCUGGGUGCCUUUAAUGUCCCUUUAACUUUCUGCAACAGAAAGCUGAGAGAGCGGAACAACAACUCCCUAUAGCAUUGCUUUGCCGGAAUUGGAGCAAACUACACAUGGUUACAGUUUUAACAGAGCAUUGUGAUUGGCUGUGCCAUUUCCUGGUCUGGGAAGUGCUUACUGAUUAAACGUUAAAGCCUGUGUAUUUACAAUAAGUACAGGAAUUACUUUGCAUGUAUUGUUUUUACAUAAACAUUUAAUGCACUAUCUGUAUAAUGCAUUACAAAAUUGGCCAAAUCUAACCUUAAGAAUCCCUUUUAUUGAGCAAUUAAAUAUCUUUACUCAUCAUUGAAAGUUUCCAACCAUUCAUUUGUUUAAUAUUUAUCUAUUACGUUCUGUAUUGUCACAGGGGUUCUCCAGUCUUCAAUUUCCGACCUGGAACCACAGGUAAGGAAACCAUUGUGUGGAUUGUAAGGUCUAACUUUUACUUGUAGAGGCAUUAACUUAAUCUACUGCAAUCGCACAUCCGUCCAUGAUAGCUGAGGUGGUUUCUUUGUCAGGCAUUAUGUUUGCCAUAAUACAUUCUUGCUGCUUGUUUCAUAGGACCCCUUUCCCAUUCCUCCUCAAUGUCCCACAUGGAAGGAUUUGGGAAGACCUGGGUGAAAAAUCCACUGAGGUAUGUUUUAGGUCAGGACACAACACUAUCUUGUGUGUAUAACGCAGUAUAUCUUGUAGCCGUAAGCUCUGCAAAAAUGGCUAGUCUUGGCCCAGUGUAAAUUAUCUAUCUUCAAUAUAUGACACUUUAACAACUCUACUAAAUACAUCACUCAAAUCACAUCUACAUACAGAAGCAUGGGAAUAGCAACAAACCUAUACUACAGCUUGAAAAUUACUCUGUUAAUAGUUUUGACCAAAUAUAUAUGACUAUUAAAAUGUGUAGGAGGCAUUGUGGUAAAAAGAAAAAAACAAUAUAGCUGUUGACAACCAUUUUAUGUUUUCAGUGUUUUUUUUUUCUUGUCUUACAGAUACAUAUAUAUAUAUAUAUAUAUAUAUAUAUGUAUGUAUGUAUGUAUAUAUAUCUAUAUAUAUAUAUCUAUCUAUCUCAAAAAGGUUAUGGUGGGGGAAAAAAAAUUAUGAUUGAAAACCCCUUCACCCUGAAAUCUGUAGAUAGUGAAUAAAAUUUUAAGCAAAAAUCUGCACACCAGUCAAGCCAUAAAACUUGAGUGGUUCACUGGCUUUGCAUCUUUUCCCAAGUUGUGUUUCAAACUGUUGUAUACAGCAAACACAGACUCAAAGGAAUCCAUGUUUAAAAUGGAAUGAGGCAAAAAUGUGAUUCUUUGUUAAAGUAAUUUGCAUAUACCCACCCAGAAUCCUUUGCGGUAGUAACAUCACUGCAUAUUUGUGAUUUCUGUGGGAAAAGCAAGUCUUAUGGCUUGACUGGUGUGCAGAUUUUUGUUUACCAUUGUAUUAAAAAAAAAAAAAAUAUAUAUAUAUAUAUAUAUAAUUGAGCAAUUUUAAAUGCGGCUAAAUUGAUAGAAACUGCAAUGAUUAUUAAAUGUCAAUCAAAAUAUAAACAAAUCCUAUCCCUGUGCAAAAAUUGGCAAGUAAGCAUCAGAAGGAAGGAGAUGCGCUUAAAAAAAACCUUUUUACUCUUUCAGUCAUGUAUUUCCUGCUAAAAAUCUGAUACAAGAUGAAGUGCAUUUCAUAAUGCAAAUUUAUAUAUAUUCUUUUUAAAAAAAAAAAAAAAAAAUUGUAUUGAGCUUUUAAAAUUAUAAUUACAUAUAGUUGUCAUUUUAUAGUCAACAACUGUAUACAAAUACAGUAUAUUUUCCAAUUUGAUUAGAAUGCAAAUACAAGGAGAUAUAGACAACCAAACAAAAACUCUACCACAACUGUCCAAACUGAAAGAAGUAAAAAAAAAAUCCUGUUCUCAUAACCGCUAAAUAUUAUGAGAGAGACAUCUUAUGGGGUAUGUACUAAUAUCCACAUGCAUCGUACAAGUGCCACUUUCAAAUUCCUUCCUCAUAGGGUUAUAUAGAUCCUAUCCAGCCAACCCAUUUAUGACCACCUUAGUUAUCUUAUUGGUCAUUUUUUCUAUACUGAUUUGAUUUCAAAGAGUUGACCAAAGUGGUAUUUCCUGUGAUUUCCAGUUUCUAUACAUUAGAUACAUAGCCGCUAUUAAUAUAUGAAAUUGCUUAUUCAGAUUGGAUUGCAAUAAUCCCAAAACUAAUGAGUUUAAAAAAAAAAAAAAAAAUUAUUUAUUGCCUAAAUCUGCUAGAAUUGCAAUUAAAAAUUAAUCCAAGAUGGCACUUGGUUCCAUCUAGGAUAUCUAAAAUGCAUUCUACAGCCUCACCGGAUUGUCACAAGGGUAUAGGCUCUUACAUCCACAUAUGGUGGUACUGUGAAAAUAUUCAGAUUUACUGGGACAUGAUAUAUAUAUAUAUAACAGAAUUGGGUAUUUAAAUUAUCCAGAAAACACCUUAAGCUGCUCCUCUUACUCUAAACUGGACAAGACUUGAACCGAUGAAUUGCUAUUUAGAAGUACAUAUAUUAAUAGCUAAUUUGUUAUUUAAAUAGUGUCAGAUAUGCAGUCGUGAUGUUGAUCUUGUCUGCUCUCUUUACAGCCAUCCGCUUUCUCAAGCAGUGUCAUUCAGCAUUCCUUUUGGCUUGGAUAGUGAUGUAGACAUUGUGAUGGGAAAUCCUGUGAACAUGCUACGUUCUGUUAGUUCCGACAGCCUUACACCUCCUGCAUAUGCUCCACCCUCGCCCAAAUGUAUGACCCGAGCAACCUACACCACACGUGAGGAUCCAGCAGAAAGUCCAGUGCAGCCACGUACAUUUAAGAAAGUUCCUCUGACUGGGAAAGGGACUUCUGAUGUUCAGGCUCAGGAGAAAUCUGGGAGUGGCCCUGGAGUGCACUCAGACCUACCCACCAUCGAAGAGGCCCUGCAAAUCAUCCACAGCUCAGAGACUCGACUCCUUCCAGAAGGUGCUCCUGAUGGAUUUUUUCUUCACUCCCCUGAGGAGUCUAAACCCCUAAAAGUGGAGGAGGAAGCGGUAAUGCCAAAUCUUGGCGUUUACAGAACACAUGAUACUUCUAGAAGGCUCUCAAGAGAUGAUGAUUCUGUAUUGAGGGACAACAGCUUAGACUCUGAUGCUGAGGAAACAAGACCAACUCAAGAGUCUAGUCGAAGCUCUCUUAGCUCUCAAGCAGAUUCCUCUGCUGGUUCGGGUUCAAAAAUGACCAGUUUUGCAGAGAUUAAAAAGAAGCUGGAUGCCAAAACAACCUCAGAAGGUUCCCCGUCUUCAUUAUCAGUCAGCCCUUCAACCACCACUUGGGCCCAGAAGGCAGAGGAAUCUCCUGUAAAAAGCCCAGCCUUAAACUCUGAGAUGACCCAGCUGGGUGCCAGACUUGAAGAGAAGCGAAAAGCCAUUGAGGCGCAAAAGAAGAGAAUUGAAGCCAUCUUUGCAAAGCACCGUCAGCAGCUUGGCAAGACUGCUUUCCUUCAACUGAAAAAAAAAGAUGGACUAGAGGAGGAUGAAGAGGAUGGUCUAGGGAAUGAGAGAAUGUCUCCUGAUGAAGGCCUCCCAAAAGAAAUAGAAGAAUUGGAGAGGGAGAAACCAAGUGGAGAAGAGGGUAAAACUGAGAAUAUGCAGGAAGGGCUGUUGAAAUCCCGAGGAGACAAGCAAGUCAGCUUUUCACCAGACGUUACAAAGAAUGAACUGGAUAGCAAUUUGGUAGAUUAUAACCGUGCUGUAGCUAAGCUAAAUUCUGCACUGUCAUCUCUUCAAUCAGACAUGAAAAAGCUGUCUGAUCAGCAGGACAAACUUAUGAAAAAGGAAAGCAAAGCUUGGGUCAUACCAGCUCCAAAGCUGUCUCCUCAACAUCGACCAAAGUCAUCACCUCCCACAAGACUAACAAGGGAAAUACAAGCACCCCGGUCAUCUUCUGCAUCUCCUUCUCAGUCACCUUCUCGCUUGGCUCCAAAGUCUCCUCAGCCCAAUAUUCGAAGAUCUCUCCAAAUAUUGCCUGUCCCUCCUAAGAGUCCUAAGCAUAAUAGACCUGUUGAGCUUAAGAUCCCACCUCUUAAUAGAGUCCUUACCCCUCCACACAAUGUGGAUACUAUACCUCACCUACGCAAAUUCUCCCCAAGCAAAGUGCCAGUGCAAACAAGGUCUUCUAUAUACUUCUCUGAUCAAGAGAAAAAUGAGAUCGAAGAUGCAGACUCAUUUACACAUUUUGAAGGCAAUGGGAAUGUUCGUCCCAUUGCCUCAGUGGUUCCACAGAGCAGUGGUAUAGGAGCCCUAACUGGGGAGGAUGAAGAGGAAAAGAGAAGUAGCUUAAUUGAAAUCCCACUUUCUAAUCUAAGGGUUACAGAGGACUCUGAGGUGGAAGGAAUUGAUGCCUUAGAAGGAAGCCCAGGAGAAGAAGGCUCUUUACAGAGAGGCAUUGGAUUCUUCUUUAAGGUAAUGGAGUGCAGGAAGGACAGUUCAAAAUUCCUUUCUGCUUUUUAUAUUCAAACGUGUUAUGUAUUAUCAACUGCUUUUAGUCUUUUUUUUUUUUUUUCUUUUCACAGCCCUUUAAAGACAUCCUUGUAUCUUAGAUGAGCACAGGCAUUAUGCCCUUAGUCCACCGUGUUCAGUGCCUGGCCGUGGGGUUUCCUACUUGGUUGCUCUGUCAUGGGACCCGCCACAGCCAGGCUGACAUACUUUAAAAAAUGUCUUUAUAGCUUCACACGGUAGCCUGGCUGGGACUGCUGAGCCAAAGAGAUCGGGAGGGAGCAAAGACUGAGAGUUGCUCGCUCACAAUACCCAGCCAGCAUUCUAUUUAAGGCUGCUGGGAUAUUCAAUGUGUCAUCCAAGCAGCAGAAACACCUAAAAUAAAUUGGAGCAAGGAAGUGUAACAAAAUGUGUUUGUAUUUGUAGCAGUUUGUGCGUAUCUGUUAGUGUAUGAGUGUGUAUGUGCAGGGCUCAAUUUUUCAACUUGCUGCUCACAAAAGGCAAUAUUUGCACACAAAAAUCUAGUACAUAAAUCAAGCACAAAUUAUUAUGGAACAGGGAAGCAGGAUCAACAAGUAGAAUAGCAUCCACAUCAGCAACUAUGCCUGAACCGAUGAGCUGUGGGUUCUAACUUGAGACUCGCCUUCCAUUUUACAAUAAAGGAAAAUGUCACUAUUUUCCACAUGUAUGUGUAUUGCUUCCCAAAUAUAUUGCGUGUAAAUUUCUAAAUGUGUAUCUGUGUACAUGUCACUGAGUGUGCAAUUUAUGUUUUAUGACUGUUUGUAUGACUGUGAGAAUGUAUGUUUGUGUGACUUUGUGUCUGUUUGUAAGUAUUUGAGAGUGCAUCUACUGUUUAACUGUGUGUCACUAUGUCUGCCAUUGUGUAAGUGAUUAUUUUUGGGAGGAGCAAUUCAAUGACUGGUUAGGGUUGUUUAAAAUUUUCCCUGGUGUGGUUAUAUGUGUAACGUUUUGUUUAUUUCUGAGUGUAUGAUUGUGGAAAUGUGUGUGAUAUUGUGUGUAUCAGUGAAUGUGUGUGCCAGUUGGUAAUUUUACUUUUAAAAGGCAAAAUCCAUUCUCAAGUGAUCAGCAAUAGGAAAUGAGAUAUAUAGAUCGAUGUAUAGAUAUAGUCCUAUAAUCAGCACAGUUCCAUUACCAAUGUUAUGGUAUCUAGAGGGGCAUUGGGCAGUAUUAAGGUGAUAUGUAGGAGGGGCUACCAAAUUUAUGUCUUGACUGAAUCACCUGAUACCUACCAACACCCCAGUAUAUAAGCUAGACAUUUUGAACACUUUAGAAUCCCACUCUUCUGUUUACUUUUUUCCCCCCAAACAAGUAUCCAUCCUAUUGUAUAAAGAUGUUGGCAUGCAUGCCACUGAAUUAUAAACAAACAAAUUAACAAUUUAAUAUGGAAACCUGCAGAAAAAAUAUCAUAUUAAAUACAUUCAUUUAAUAAAGUUGUACAAUCACAAAUGAAAAUCCAGAUAUAUAAUUUUAUAGCAAAGCAGUACACAAACCUCAUGGGAUAGUAGUCUGUAUAAAUUGGAGCUCCAUCGCUUAGAUUAUUAUAUGCCAUUUUAUGAAGUGGACAACUGUCUAAUAACCUAAUAAGGCGGAGGCAGUUUAAAUCCGAACAAUGAAGCUGACCAUAAUAAUAAAAUCUGCAAAGGCUUGGAAGUCUUUUGAACAGGGCUCAAAAUGUCCCCUAGCUAUUGUCUAGUAGAAAUUCACCCCCGUUGAGUGUGCCAUGGACUCUACAGGCUUGCAGUGGCUAGUCAUUUUUAAGACCUGGGUAGUAGUGUAGACCUUGACAUUUUAAGACCUUCUUUGAGUAAAUCUUUUCUUGAGGGUCAUGUCAGGUAAUCCUGUCUGCUAACAAGAGGUUUGUGUCUCUGAGACAGGAAAAGAUGCAUAACUGGGAACGGUCUGAUUCUAGUGCCAGGUAACCAGUCCUCCCAUUAAGACAUCUCAUGGGAAUUUUCAUCAACAAAGAGAGCACGAAACUAUUUGUUUUAAACAUUUAUUUAAAGAAAUACUUGGGAAGGCAUUAACCCCCACCCAGUCCAUGCUUCAUUUUAAUGUAGAAGUGAUGGGUCUAAAAAAAUAAAGUGUGUGUGUGUGUGUGUGUGUGUAUACAUAUAUAUAUACACACACGUGUGUAUGUGGGGGACAAUGGGUUUAAACGCUGUUUAUAUGUCAGAGAAUGUGCCUUAGGUUGGCUGCUAUAAGUUACAAACAUAUUCUAUUCUAUUUUUUUAACUCCAGUUAUUUUGCAAUGCUAUUGAAAACAAAAGUAAUAACGGGAAUGUGAUUAUACAUAUACAUGUUGAUAGUGAAUGGGGGUAAAAUGUAAGCAUUAGCAGAGGGCAUGUAGAAUGGUUUAAGAGCGCUAAACAAGUGAACUUUCUCAGUGAAAGAAUAACUACAGCAAGAAGGGAUUAUUUCAGACUGGAGUAUUGAAGUAGACCUCAUGUGGAAGUUCUAAAUGCUGCCUUUGUGAAAAAUUGCCACAUGGAUGAUCAUGCUAUUGGUAUUUGAUUGGGCAAACUUAUAAUUUUUAUUCUUUCUGAAGGGAGAGGCAAGGACAGAGGGAGAAAUGGCACAGAGGCGGGCUGCCCUUUUGGAGAAGCAACAAAAGAGGGCUGAAGAAGCAAAGAAGAAAAAACAAUCACAAGAUGAAGAAAAAGAGAAGAACGAGCAGGCCAGGUCAGUGUCUCUAUGGAUAGUUUUUGUUUUUUUUCCUCUUCGGAUGAUCACUUUUCACAUUGUCAGCAUAACCUCUGCCAAAGACUAUCUUAAGAGUGAAAGUUUUCAUUCCUGUACAAGGUAAUUUCCAAGACUUAUUAGUCUAACUAUAGCAAGCAUCACAAACUCUGCCCCCCUCCAGCUGUUUUUGAACUACAACUGCUUUCAUUCUAUGACCAUCUGUUGUCUUCAAAGAAUUCUGGGAGUUGUAGUUCAUCAACAUCUGGGGGACAAAGUUUCAGAUCCCUGGUUUAUAGAGUCUACAGAAUAAACUGGCAAAGUACCCCCAGUAGCAUCAUUGCACGAUUACAUCUUGAUAUAUCUCAAACCCAAGAGUUUAAGAAAUUUGUUUUCAUCAUCUCCUCUCCUUAGCCUUCAACCUGAGAAACCACCACCCAAAGAAGAGGUUGUAACACGUAGAGGAGAUUUCACAAGAAAAGAGUAUGAGCGCCGACAUCAGCUGAAAAUCAUGGAAGACCUGGACAAGGUCCUGAAACAGAGACCCAUGACCGUACGGGGCGUUAAAAAACCACGCCCCAAGACAGUCUUCCAUGAUGAUUCUGUAAUUUCCCGGAGUCCAGUUAGGGGAUUACUGGGUAAGGUUAACAAAUGUGUUUAUGGGAGCUGCAUGGGCUGUUGUGUGUCUAUGAUACUGAAACUAUAAAAAAAAUUAAAUAUGUAUGUAGAAAGUAGAGACAGCUAUACUCACAGUCUCCAGUUAAAAUUUCAAUGCUUUAUUUACUAUUCCUUAAAAUAGAUCGACGUUUUAGUCCUACAUUCGGACUUUCCUCGGGAUCAAAACAAAUUUUUUUUUUAAUUCCAAACAUAUAUUUCGGGCUCCUGCUUUCUGAGUGCCAAAGGAUAGGAGAGAGAAGGAGGGAGAGUAACCAUUUUUAUAGUAAAAGUAUCCAUGGUUGCCCCCCCAAAAAAGCAUAAUUUUUGUGACCCUACUAGACACAGUAGACCUUAUGUUACAGGGAAGUGUGUCUUGGAGACAAAAAUUCAACCAUGUGGCAAAAAGGUAAAUGUAGAACCCAUCCAAAGAUAGAGGGGACAACACUUUUUUUGUUUUAAAUAUUUUUAUUGUUUUCACAAUAUAAGUGCAUAUUGCGAACUGGUUCGUUAUAAAGCCAGAGGUUGCCCACGCAGGGGCUUAAGCAGUAAGUUAUAGCAUUCAUUAAGGUGAACGGUCGCCUACGUAGAGGCUUAAAUGUUAGCACAUAGGAAUAGAUGCAGAUUAUCGCCUGCGCAGAGGCGUAAUGAUCAGAACAUAUAGGCGUACUUGAACUUUGCAGGAAUACAUUUCUAAGCAUUACAGCAUAAAAGGUAACAACAUCCUAUAAUGUGUCAAUCUGAGGUAAACUGUAGCUGAUCAUGCAAUAAACAAUUAAACAUUAAGAUGCGCGUAGCUGAUGGCCUUAUGUGUAGUUAAUAAAUCACGUCAUGUUUCGUGCCAUUAAAUAAGCGGUACUAAGUAACGCGGUGUUAAGUAGUUGUUAGCAUUGUGUCAUUGCCCUAUCAACUGCGCCACAGGCACGCUGUGAAAUGAAUGUGCAACUAUUAUAUCCUAUGUACAAGGGCUUAUGCAAGGGGAAACAUUAGCCUGGUUAGCCCUAGCUAAACACAUUUGAACUUUUAACAUAUAAGUCACUUCGCUGGAGGGGGCGUAAUGACGCCCGGUAUGUUGAAGCCAUCUGGUGUGAAAUUGGCAGUCUUCUUCGCAGCUUUUAUUCUGGUAUGACCUUCCCAUGGCUACCUCUGAAUGAUGCUGCACAUGGUGGGUCAGCUGUACCCCCCCUGAGUCUCUCCGGGUCCCCCGGGUGUGACAGUGCCCUCCCUUUCCCACCCCAAGUCGUGUUUCCGCAUCUUUAGGGGGCACAACCCCGCUGUGGGCACUCGGAGGCCGGAGCUGUCCGGCGGCCUCCCCACCUUAGAGUCCACUGGGCUCCCGCCUCCUGCACCUCCCCAGCUUCAGCAUGGCCUCCUUGGGGCCCCAGCCCUGACUUGCCACCUCCUCCUCCGGCCACUUACAUGUUGCCGGCGCGUGCCCUCCGGCCACCGGUCCGCCGGCUGGCCCGCGCUUCUCAGCUCCACCGGGCUCACAGAGUUGGGGGUUGUUUCUCCCGGACCCCCACCAAAUCCGGGGUUCAGGACCGGCUUUCCAGCGACUCGUCCGCCGCCCGGGGUGGUCCAGUAGUGAGCUCCGCCGUCCCGGGGGUCCCGGUAUCCCAGCGCGGGAUUUCUGCUGUGUGCGAGUCGUCCCGUAAUGCUGUGCGGGUACUGUGUAUCCGUCGGCCAUUUUAGCUCCGUGUACCGGAGCGUCGUGUACCGGGCGUGCCUUCUCCUCCAGCCUCCGAUGUUCCGACUUUGGGCCGGGAUCACCCCCCCGGCCGGGUGGGGGGGGGGAGCGGGGCCGGGCCAGGUCACCCUCGCCUUGCUUGCAUGCCGUGGGUCCCGCUCUUGUAGCGUGGUUGAGGCCUCCGGGGUCACUGUGUGAGCCGGAGGUGCAAUAUGUGCCCUAGCGUUGCACUCCCCGGUUCCUCUCUGCCGGGUUACCUCUCUGGUGUCGGUUUUCGGCAUGGAUCGUGAGUAUUUUGAAGGUUUCAUGCUGUUUUAGGCUUUUCUACGCCGGAGCCGGCGUGAGUUGCAGCCGUUCGGCUCGGCGGCCCGGCCCCGCCCCGCCCCCCCACAACACUUUUUUUGAAGGCCCCUUGUCUUUGUAUUUUUUGUAUAUUUGUUGCAAUUCAUGUAAUGUCACUAGCCACUAAGGACUUCUCUCCUUCACUUGUUUACUGAGGAGGAGAUAAGGUUCAUUUUAAGCCUAGUCGAUUAGAACUCCUGCUUUCAACGCAAAGUCCUGUACAAGCUCAAUUGCCAUGUGAUUGUCAUAGCCAUGGUGAACUCUUGACAGGAUUGGUAUGCUAUGAGGGUGUUAAAAUGUAUUUUAAAAAGGGUUGCCUCUGUUUUAAAGAACUACUUUGCAGCUUUUUAUGAGCUAGACAGAACAUUACAGCUGAUCACUGAUGGUGUAGGCACUAUAAAUGUUUCAUCUUUUUGACAUGGGUAUAGUGUCUGGAGUCCCUGACGCUGUUUCUUCAUUCAGUGUUAAACAGUUUUUUUAUGGUUUAAUGUCCUCAGCAGCCCAUCUCCUCAAUGCUGCUCGUGCUAUUGAGUAAGCAUUAGUGUGUGCAGCAUUGGGUGACUGUGAUUGGUUGAGAGUAUUGGCUGACUGCUUUCAGUUUAUCACUGCACCUUUGCUGGUAUGAAUUGGCAUGGCUAGAAGGAAGUGUGUAAUCUCUACCUUAGACAGACCUACAGACGGGGUCAGGUUGUUGGACCUUUUAUGCAGGGAAGACCAUAGAGACUGACUGUUUUCAAACACUGUCUGACCCAACAAAUGUUGUUCAAAUGUUUUUUUGUUGUUUUUUUUUUUUUUUGAAUGACUUUUAAACCAAUGACAUUUGCAAUAAGGCCACAAACAAAUGGGCUUAUUGACUUUAAAUUUGGAGGUAAAAUUAACCUAUGCAUCAAACCUCCAUUUUAAAUGUAAUUGCCUGGCGUGUCCCACAUUGUCAGCUGACCCUGAGGAAUUUAUUUAUAUGGGAUACAUUUCUAACUAAUGGAGACCAAGUUAUUUUCCAUGUUUUGGUUUCAGGUUCCAAGCUAAGUAAAGUUUACUCUCAGUCUACGAUGUCCCUAUCCACAGUGGGGAAUGAAAACGGUAGUGGAACAAUGAGGAGGUCACCACGGUCUCCCAGGUAACCAAACAGUGCAGGCAAGAUUAAGCUUUCUUUUAUGUAAUUGUUGCAUGCAAAAUGAAGAUCCUCAAUAAAUAUGGGUAUUGCAUAUUUUGUAUGGUUUAUCUAUUCAUUUACUAAAGUAAGAAGAACAUUUUGCUUGCAAGGCUCAAAAUCUCAAAAAUCUCUACUUGCUCUCUCCCAAUGGGUAAGAGAAAAUUGAACCAGUAGUAGUUGCCUUCAAUGUGUGGUAUAUCACCUGUUGCUGAAUACCAAAGUGUAUAGCAGGACAUUGUUCUGCCAAAGGACAAAAUACAUAAAAAAUCAAGGUCAAGUAGAUAUACCUCACAUUACAAGAUGCAUGCAUUUAAAUAUGCAUUUUUUCACAAUUGGGUAUAUUUAAAAUCUAUAUGCAAGCCCUGCAGUUCUCUUGUCUGCAGCCUUUACAAACCAACCCCUACUAACCCCACACAGACUUCUCAGUGCAGCUCAGUAAGAAGUCUUUGCAAGGCAGGUGUACUGAGCUAUUGCUAUCUCUUGAGUUUAGCUCAAUUGAGCUAACCAAACCAGGAAGUAACAAGACCUGCUGUCUACUCGAAAGCCAAGGAGGUGUUACGAGGUUGAUUUAUAAAAGUGUAAAUUUCGAUUUGAAAUCUACCCUUUUUGCAAAAUGGGGAGGAGGGAAAGAACACACUGUGCACACACACAGUUUUAAGCAAGUGAAAGUGCUCUAGGGGUCUGGAGUGUCCCUUUAAGUGUAGCACAGUCACAAGGCGCUGUUUCAGCAAUAUCUAGACACAGCUUCUUGAGUCUCACUCUUUAGUCAUGCAUGACAUUACUAUAGAACAGAUUGUAGGGGAGCUUUAUUUAGGUCUAGCCCAAUUACAGUUCCUUCGCACCAAUGAACACCAGGAAUGGUGGAAAUAAUAAAGUAAGGGAUCAGCAGAGAAGGGGGCACUGAUCACGAGAGAAGAGGAACCUCUCCCACCAAAAGGAAUUCCCUUGCUCCAAUAUUUCAGACUUCCUAAUUAAUAUAUAAAAUUCUCUGUUUUUGCUAGACUAAGAAUACAUUUUAAAGGAACAAUUGUACUAGGCUUCAGACCCCUCUCUUUUUCUGACCUGAAGAGGAGAGGAAACUGUCGAGAGUUUAUCUUUUAAUGUGUAUUAGACCAAUAAAAAAAAUAAAAAAAUUCCCUUCAUACUGCAAUACUUCUAGAAUUUUUUUUCAUCUUUAAAAUGCUGACUAAAUAAGGUUUGCCAAUAUUUGUUUAUUGCAUUUUUUUUCCUGGUUAUAUUAUGGUUGGCAUUUAGAAAUGAUUAAUUUCUACCAAAACAUUUAUAAUUCAAAAUUGAGUAGCUCUCAAAUACAUGAAUAGUGUUCGUGAGAUAUUCAUUUUUUCAUUACCUACUCCAAAUACUUGAUUUUUGAUACUGUGACAUGUCUGUUUUGUACACUUUUUUUAUUAUUGCUGCUGUUUUUAUGACAUAUUUUCUGUCCCUCAAUUAUUGUCUUGUUAUUCACAGAGCGGUCUCUCCAUCUGGUCUGAUGUCUCCCAACCGUGGUCUGUUUACCCAAAAUGGGGAUAAAGAUUGGGACACAGGGUCUACAGCAUCUUCCCCAGCAUCAAUCCCAGAAUACACGGGUAAUUUUCCUUUUGAUGAUCCCAUCUAAAAUAAUUCUCUUGGCUGACUUUCUAAUUCAGGACAAAGCAAAAUAAAACCCACUGGUGGUGGUUUGAUUAUAGAUACCAGCCAAAACCUUGUCAAGCAACAUUCUUAUGUUCUUCUAUGGAUCAUACCUGGGUUUCCUUGUAGUGGAUUGCUUAUAUUUUGCAAUUGUUUUGUAUAGUUUCCCUGGUGGACAGCCACUUGAUUUGGUUAGACUUAAUGAGAGGAUUAGUGCACAGCAGAUAGAAUCUUAAAGAGUAGCCGUUGCAGGUCAAGUAUCAUAGUGUUUCUUGCACAUGUUCUGUACCGCUUUAUGAUUAAUGGCUUGUAUGAAUGUUUUUUCAUGUGAGAUUUCAUUAGAUAAUUGACUUUGCGCAAUCAUGUGUUUUUACAAACAUUUAAGUCAUUCUUAUACUUGUGUAUUUGUCUGUAUUUCCUUAAAUAGGUCCCCGACUGUAUAAAGAGCCAAGUGCGAAAUCAAACAAAUUUAUUAUACACAAUGCUCUAUCUCACUGCUGCCUUGCUGGCAAAGUGAAUGAAACCCAGAAGAACAAAGUGCUAGAGGUAAGUUAUGUAGAUCCUAAACAAUAAGAGGUACACAGAAGAUGUCUAAUGAAUGACACUGUAAAGUAAGAGUUUUCAAAUCCAUCAUCAUAAUAUGGGUGUCCUCAAAAUUUCAUAUAAAAAUGGAUGCCCUUUAAAACUUGGUGUAAAAGCGGGCAUGCCCUUCAGAUGAGUUAAAAAGUUAACGUGAAAAAAGUUUAAGUGAUGUGAAGGUUACAACUUCUGGUAGCCUUUCAUUAUCUCCAUCUACACUCUCUUUACAUGUAAAUAGUCUUAUUUGUCUGGUGGUUUAAAUGUGUAUUGUAAUAAUGGUCUCUAUCUUAAUGAGACACUCUAACCACAAAUACAACUUUAGCCUAAUGAAGUAGUAAUGGAGUGUAGAUUUAUUUUUUCUUCAUGGAGGCUGAUUGUUUAUGUAGCCCACACAGCCUCUCUACACACUUCCUGAAAAGAGGUCUAAUUUGUAAACUUCCCUUAUUGCAGUGUGUUUAAUUUUUUAAUAUGAAUGCCUAACAUAAACCUACUGUGCUGUUAGGUCAGUUUGAAAAUUAAAGGUGUUUUUUUUUCUCUUUUCUUUUCUUGGAUGCUUUGUGAUUCACAGGCAAUGGAAAUAUGAGUAGGGCUAUAUAAACAGCGAUUUUAACCUCUAAAUGGCAGAGAAUUUAGCAUUGAGACUGCCGGGGCAUGAUCUACAAGCAUAAAAAAACAUUUUAACUUAAUGGAGCAAUUUGGGUGUAGAGCAAGCAUGUCAAACUCAAUCUAACACGGGCCACAUAAACAAGGUUUACGUUUAUGUGGGCCGCAAAAAAAAAAACUUACAUUUUCAUAGAAACAUAGGUGUAUUUUGGAAAGUACAGUAUAAAAAAAAAAAAAAAACACAGCACCCCCUCUACUAAAUCCCAGUACCCUCCUCUAACCAACAAGCAGACUCCACUCACAUUGCAGCUGUCAGUAUGCGACUCUGGAGUCCGGCCUCUGGUAUACCCCAAAUGGUGUCGUCUGAUCCUCCCGCUACUUCUUAAAAACCCUGUGAAGGUGGCACACGUCUAUGUCAUGACGUGACGUGGUGUUGCGUGCCUCCAUGCACCUCCAGGUACUCCACUGUCCAGUCGCAGCCAAUGCAACACUGAUCAUCACACACACACACACAGACUGACAGACACGCACUCACUGACACACAGACAGACAGAGAUACACACAUUUACACAUCCUUGCACACACAUAAUUUUCUUUAUUGUUUCCUACCUUUGGGAGCCGAUGGGGGGCCUCUCACUGGGGUCCAGUAGGGAUCUUCUAUCUGCUCCUCCCUCACGUGGUUUAGUGAUACCAGGUGCCGGAAUAUGACGUAAUGUUCUGGCACCUGGCUUCACUACAGACGACGCCUGCGAGGGAGCAGUGAGGAGCAGGAACACGGAGUCCCCUCGCUGGCCCUCUUCCCCAGCCGGGUAAGUUUUUAGCAGAGUAGGCACCUGCAAUGUGGGGAAAGCAGGUGCCUACUAAGCUGUAACAUCAAGCAUGUACUCGCGGCUCACCGGGCCGCAAAGAUGUUCAUUGUGGGCCGCAGGUUUGACAUGCUUGGUGUAGAGUGUCCUUUGAAUUAUCACAGCAUCUAUUUUUUUUCUCAGUUUGCAUGAUUUAUUGAUUAAACACAGAAUGGUUAUGAAUUUGAAAACCAUGUUACAAAGUUUACGUUAAAAUAGCCAAAAUGCUACUGUAGUGGCGUUUGUAAACUUUAGGCAAAAAUAGGGAAAAUUAUUAAAUUGGGCUCCAAUUCAGUACAAUUCUGUGUCUAAUGAAUAACCCAUUGGUGGUGGUCACAUAUUUCCCCAUAACCUGAUGCAGGAGUAGAAGUGUCAGAGGAAUAUUGUCUUGUCUGAGAGGUUUGCAUUAUUAAGUAAGUUAUGACUUGUACCUUCUUUACCUCCGCAGGACAUUGAGAAGAGUGCAUCCAACCACUUCUUGAUUUUGUUCCGUGACAGUAGUUGUCAGUUCAGAGCAGUUUACACCUUCAUGCCUGAGACGGAAGAACUGACCAGGCUGGCAGGCUAUGGCCCUCGUACUAUUAGUCUAGCCAUGGUUGAAGAGAUCUACAAGUACAGCUCAGACCGAAAGAGAUUUACCCAGAUACCCAGCAAGACCAUGUCUAUGAGUGUUGAUGCCUUCACCAUUCAGGGUCAUUUCUGGCAGAGCAAAAGGCCUACUACUCCGAAGAAAGCUGGCACCCCCAAAUAAAUAUUCCUUCUUAUUGUGUACGGACAGAUGCCUGAAUUAUGUGGUCCAAGAUGCGACCAGGUUUCAGUUGGAAGUCAUUUAGCUAUCUUCUGUUCUGUCUUAGCCCAUGUGCUGUCCAUUUUUUGUCUUUUUGGUCAGAUGGGUGGCGCUUUUUUUUUUUUUGCUUCCAGUGCAAUCCUAUUAACAUUUUAUCACUGCAGCUGAGAUCAAAUGAAUUUCUAUUUAAUCACGUGGCCUUGGUUUCAUCAAAGCAUGAACCAAGCUGGUGCCUACUCAACAGCCUAGCCUUUUACCAUUUUGCUGUUUUUGUGACUCACACACAACUCUUAUUACCUUUUUGAUUGGUCCUGAGUAAUGUGUGUUAAACUGUACCCAUGACUUAUACUAAGAUGGUGCCACUUUUUUUUUUUUUUUGUGCUUGGGGAGAAUUGGCUAUUCUUGUUUUAUAACCCACUGCCCUUCAUGUGUGCCAAUAUAGUAACCACUGCCCUUUUAAUUUUAAGGCAAAGCUGGUGCCUUAACUUCACACCACUUGCUCACACCUUUUUAGCUAUUUACAGCACUUCUUGGCAAUGUUUGAUAAAAGGUGCCUUCUAUAAUUUCUGUUUUCGAUCAUGCUGCCAUGCUUUUCUGUUUGCAUUGCUCACAUUUAUCUUGUGUUCUGAUCCUAUUGACUCCCCCUACCCCCUCACAAGUAGUCAACAUAUCUGUUAAAGGCCAUACAGGUUUAUGGCAUAAAUGAAAAGUAUUUCCCCAACUUUACUCUGCACACUGCCUUUUGGUAACCUGUGUAUGUGUGAUCCAUUGCCGCACUAUGCUCAUUCUGCACAGAUCACCAUCCAUAAACUGCCCUGUGCCGGAUUUCAACAAAGUACCCUGUACAUUCCCCUAGACAUGCUUUAAAAGUCAUUUUUGGUAGUGCUUCAGUCACAACAGAAGACGAAUAGGGAAGCCACUGCUGGUUAUUCCCACCCUCUUCAUUGUAAAGCAUUAUUACAUUUUUUUUUAUUUAUUUUUUUGUAAGUUGCAACAUGUGCUCAGUGCUGGUCCCAUCCUUGUUUAGACAAAGAGUAAAUAAUGCUUCCAAAGGUGGCUGAACUAGGUUUUGCUUUUCCUACUCAUUCUGCUUCCUUUUGAAAUAAGGAAUGUUUGGUACCUUGCUUUUGUAAAUCGCAAAGGCCACAAGAUUGGCUUAGAGGGCUAUUUUAUAUGUGGAUGCUACAUACGCCAGGACAGUAGGCAGGUCUCUAACCCUGCACCUAUUGUGAGGCUGGGUCUCCCAUAUUUCUCUGUAAGCAUUUUGGGGGUAGAAGCCCAAAGGCACCUGGAUUCUUGCCAUUAGUGAUCAAGGAGCAAGAUAGUUUUAAGAAAGUAGAAUCAAAGACAUUUCCUACACUCAUGCCAUGUAUUUGCCACUCUCAAUCUGCUCUUCUCUUUCUUUCCAGUUACAUGUUUAAUUUGGUACAAAUAAGGAUAACUGUGGCUAUAGUGUUGAUGCAAUAUGGAUGUAAAUAAGGUUUGCAUCUACUGUGUGGCUUCAUUGGUAGUGUGAAAGCUAGUGUUCUACAAAAAUCGUUUUUUCUUGAUAUCAAAUGCUUCAGAAUUAGUGAUAAUCACAGUGGGUGUAUUUGGGUUUUUUUAAGCUGUAGGGUAAUAUAAAGUUGAGAACGGAGUUUAGUGUUGACGAUCUAUUCAUGUAGCACCCUAGAACAGACUGGAAAAGUGCAUGCAAGAAGCAGCAGAGUACGCUGUAUAUCGUGAGAAGGUUUUGUGUAAAGUAUUCUUCUCCACAUUUGCUUAACAGGAUACUCUAGGCACAAAUACAAAUUUAAUGCAUUUAGUAGAUUUUGGCUUCAUUAAUAUGCUGGUUUUUUUUUUUUGCAAUCAAAGUAAAUGUAUUGCAGAAUUCUGCACUAUAACCCUGCCUUAGUAACCACACCCCCCUAAUGUCUAAAAGAUUUCCUUACCAAAUGUAUGCAUACUGUCUCAGCCCCAACAGCAUUGAGUGGACUGCUUUUAAUUCGCAGCUGGGCUGCAAACAUAGUAAAGCUAUCACUACCUGUUUUAUAGUUUCUCUAUGUAUCCCAGGGUGUACUCUUUAUAAUACAGGGUACUUUGUAACUCAGAUCACUCCGUACUGUCAGUGGCUGGGCUGUGUGAAUACACUUAAUAAGGAAGUCUUACUCUAGAGUGAAGAGGCAGGCUUAUGGUGCAGCAAUCUGCAAAACAUUUUUAAUGAAAAAGCUAUAAAGACUUGAGAAUGCAAAAAUAAAUAAAUUAAUGAAGCCAAAGCCUCAAGUGCAUUCAGUUGUAUUGGUGCCUCUAGUCUACCUUAUAAGAGUGAGUUAUACAAGACAGGUAAAGGGGAUUAUUGAUAAAGGACCAGCAAAGUUUAAUCUACACUGAACUCCUGGGCAUUUAUCAUUGAUAAUCAUAAGAUCUCCUCCAUUCAGGACAGUGGCUCAUAAUUUGUCCUGAGCAUUAGAAAUGCUACACCAUGUCUUCAAGAAGCAGUUUUUUUGUUUUUAAUGCAAGAUGACCCAACUGUAUAUCAGACAAUACCCAUUAUUUUCUCAAAGAUCCCGAAACUAUAUAGGAAGAGCUACUAUUUGACACUCUAGCUAGAGAACGGGCAAGAUAGACAAGCUAUCUUUCUAUCUAUGACACUGAUAAUUUAAACGUGCCUGGUGCACAUGAAAUGUCUCUCACAUGCUAAAUGACUUUGCUUACACUGACUUGGGAACCAUUUAACCAGCAGUGGUACUAUGGAAUAGUAAUUCCAUUUUGUUUUCUCUGUAACCUGUUACAUUACACUGAGAUUUGCUACAUUUUGAAUAUCUUGUUUAAAACUAUUAGGAAUACAUGGUUGCACUGUGUGUAAACUAAUUCCAAACUGCAUUUAUUCCCCCCCCUUUCUUGUGGCAUUUGAUGUCCAGAACUAUGUUGAGUUUGUUUAAUAACAAUGAGUCCUAAAAGGUAUGAUAUUAAAGGAACACUAUAGGGUCCGUAACACAAACGUUUAUUCCCGACCCUAUAUUGUUAAACACUGUUUAGGUUUCUGGCCCCCCUUAAAUACAGCAAAACUCACCUUUAUUAUGGCGCCACGCAGGUCGUCUGAGUGGAAGUAUUCCUAGGCAGCAAUGUAAACGCUGCCUUUUCUCUGAAAAGACGGUGUUUACAUGAAAAUGCCUGCAGGGAUUGACUAUGAUCACCAGAACAACUACAUUAAGUUGAAGUAGUUCUGGUGACUAUAGUGUCCCUUUUAAUGUGUUGCAGGAACUUAUAGGACCCUCCCAUACAAACUCAGGUGUGAAUUGCAGAAACCUGAAAGCCAAAAUAGAGUUGGGAACAUAAUUUGGGAGGAAAAGGAAAGUUUCCAGACUUGUCAUACUGUUUUAAAACUUAGCUUACUCAAUAAAUGGUUCUGAAAAACAAUGUGCUAACGAUUUUUCUAGGCCUGCUAAAUCAAUAAAUGCUCAAACCUAGAACCCUUGCCAUUUUAAAUCCUUCUUUAACACCGCAGUAUGAAUUUUGGUCAAAUGUGCUGGUUGCUAGCCAUGACUUUUUGGAUGUUAACUUCCACUGACAAGUGUAUGGAAUGCCAAGGUUAGCAACCAGUUUUAAAUGAAUUUAACAAUUCGGCAGUAAUCCCAAAUUAACUUAUUUGAAAGGAAUAAGAUUCAAAUUCUCCUUUCACCUUUUCUUGUCCCAUACUAUUUUGACACUUUCUUUUUGCCUAGUUUAUUAAAAUAAGGUUGAGCGUUUAUUAAAACAACUUUAAAGUUGACUGAAGAUGUUUUCCAUUUAUGGUGUAAUAAUUGUACUUAACCAGCUCUUAAUUUUACAUGGUUUAUACAUAUCUUUAUUUUAAAAUAACUGCUUCAGUGACCUCACUAAAGAUAAAUCAUAGCACAGUGUACAAAAUUUCUGCAUGGGAGGUUUGCGUUUGCCUUGGGGGGGAAAAAUGUAGUAAGAACAGUACCCUUACAUUAUCAGGCUUCAACAUCCAAGAAAAAUUACAUUCUGAAUAGGCAUUCCUGACCAUUGAAAACAUUUUUCCUGUAUUUAUUUCUCAAUGGAAUGCGUAGUAAACAAAUGAGAGUGGCUCUGUACAAAGAUGUAUUGUGACUAACAAGCUUGAUUUUGUUUUCCGAAAAUAAUUUUAAGAUGCCUAAAGAGAAACUGUUCAUGUACUUGAACUUUCCCCUCUCCUCUGUAAUAUACCCAGUUGUAAGAAAGCUUUGUUUUUCACUGGCCGCAGCACGCUACUACAAGGAGCAGCCAUGCCCUUCCAGUAACUGAGUCUGUAGAGCACAAUUUGUCUAAAAUAUUACAUCAUACACUCUACCCUUUUUCAGAUUCCAUAAAAUGUCUACCAACCUCUGUAGUAUAUAUGCACACCAAUCAGGGCUAAAUCCUUGGAUACCAGUAAAUGUUCACACCCCCUGAUGUGUCAUGACAGGAAUGCUCAGUUCUAAUGUGUACAGCGUUUGGCUACAAGAUGCAGGGGUGAUGUGUCCUUGGGGAAAUAUGAUUUCCCUUUGUGAGAUACUUAAAUCUUUGGGAGGGGUAUUGUAAUGCAAAAAUACAAGUUAUGUGUUUUGUUCUGUCACUUAAAAGGUUAAUGUGAAAAUAUAGGUGUUGGCGCUGCCACUGUGUAGCAAGGCAACACCCCUGACAUCUGCUGUACCCAUACACUAUUUAUAUUACUGCUCCAGAAUAAUGGUAAGUGGGUGAAGGGUAGAUGGAAUCAUUUCAGCGAGUCUGGACUCCACAGCUGAUAAGUGUUUCCACCACCCCCACCUUGUAUUUAUAAUAUACAUACAGAUUUAUUAUAAAUAUCUAUAUUAAAUGAUUUUGCAAUUAUUUGUAUAUAAAAUGAAUCCAUGAGAAUGAAUUCUGGCCUCUGUGUGUCUUUAUUAAUAACCGCAUCUAACUCUGCAAGCGAGUGACAUCAUAACUCAGUCUUCUGAUAUCCCAGCGAAGACGGAUGAAGGAACAGAUUUUUGCUCCAGCUGAACCUCUGUGGGAAGAAAAGACUAUUAGCAUUACAAUAUCUAAAACAGAAUAAAUAGGUACUCU